AUGGAAACGGUCGAGCAGCUCGUGUCUUUCCACCACAUUCAGGUCCAGUUGAGCGGGGGCGCGCCUUGGGGGUUCACGCUGAAAGGAGGUCUCGAGCACGGGGAGCCGCUCAUCAUCACUAAAGUAAGCUGACAGUGACCACAAUAAGUUACUGUGCAGUUAUUAAUGUCUUGGAAAUCUCCUUCAAAGCACUCUUUACUACUUUAAAGGGUUUGUAAUAGACUUAAAGUGUUUUUAAAAUACACUUAAAUGCAUUUCACAUGAUUAUUUUUGAUAUCCUGGGUAUAAAUUCACAUUCAAACUGACUUUGGGAAUGCAUUUCUCAAGGAUGUGGUUGUUGCAACACUCCAACUCCAGCAGAACAGCAAUUGUGGUUAGUUUAUUCAUUCAUAUGUGCUGCUGCUGCAAUGCUUGGCUGCCUUUCCUUUGGGUCAAACUAUUCACCCUCUCCCAAAAAAGUCCCACAUACUGCUUUUCCUGCAAACUUUCUACUUCUACACGUCUACGUUUCCACCUCCUCCCCCUUCUUUUCCUCUCCUGCAGAGAUUUAAAAAGUUAUUGUCCGAAGCUUAAGCAAAUUUCCGGCGCUGGGUGAUGUUUGUCAGCUGUCACUGUCUGUGGAUAAAAAGCCCCGUAUUAUAAUGUAAUACAGCGGUUGGGUCUCUGCGACUCAGGGGUCAAAAGGUUCCCGCAGGGGGUGCUAAAAGGGGCUCCUGAGGGGAUCCCUGGUGCAAUGCAGCUCUGUUCAUCUCCCUGCCACUUCAUUCACCGGACGGUGAAAAUGCCUGGGUGCUGACAGAUGAAUAAAACCGCUUCAGUUCGCUUCAGAGUCCGGGCUAAAGUCUGUUUUCUGGUGGGGUGGACUAUGAAGAGGCAUAUUUUUAUUCUCUGAGUUUUCAUGUUUUAUAUGUUAACCUUUUCACCAACAGCUUACAUCAACACCAAUGUGGCAUAAAAUUCUGUGACACCUCUGUUAAUAUAGAAGGACACGAGGGGCUGUGAGCUGAGCUGCUGCAGACAUGGGCUUAACUUGUUGGCAGGAACUCUGCAUGAUCUGGUUGAGUAUAAGCAAUGGCCACCAUACACAACCACUGUUUUGUAGAACAAUCCACAUUUCUCUCACACUUUUAGACAGACAGAAGGGACUGCAAGCUGAGCUGCUGCUGUUGGACUGGUUAAAUCUGCUUGUUUUACUGUAAACACUACUCUGUGAAGUUAUUGCUGGAGGUUUUAACUAGAUUCAAGUGUUUUAUAAAGGUAUGUUCUUUCCAGAGAGCAACAUAAAGAGUGAAGAAUCAGGUCUAAGGGGCUGCAAGCUGAGCUGCUGCUGACAUGGGCUUCACUUGUUGGCAGGAACUUUUGCAUGAUCUGGUUGAGUAUCUGCAAUGGCCACCAUAGACAACCACUGUUUUGUAGAAUAGUCCACAUUUCUCUCACACCUUUGGAAAGACAGAAGCGACUGCAAGCUGAGCUGCUGCUGUUAAACCUGUUUAAUUUGCUUGUUUUACGGUAAACACAACUAUAUAAAGUAAUCGCUAGAGUUUUAAACUGGAUUCAAGUCUUUUUUAAAGGUAUUUUCUCUCCGAACAAUCAAUGAUUUAAACUUGCCAGAGAGCAACAUAAAGCAGUGAAGAAUCAGGUCUAAGGAGCUGCAAGCUGAGCUGCCGCUGACAAAAGUUCAACUCGUUCAUAGACAGUUCCCUUUGUUAAUGCUAUUGCUGAGGUAUUCAACGGACUAUUUCUUUUCUGAACAGUCUCAUCCCAUGAUUUUAACACGUCAGAAUGCUUAAUAAAUCAUGUGAAACAUCAGGGCUGGAGGCCGAGAACUGAGCUACUGCUGGCUAUGGCAAUGGGCAGUUUUCAAACUCAGUAUUCUGCUUGCAGUCUUGAGCAUACACAAGUUAGACAAAUGUGUCAGACCAAUCUCCACAAGUGGUUUUUACAACCAUCAGACUGAAUUGUCAAAGCAUGUCCUCAGUCUGUCACACUAAAAUACCAGUUCUGGUUAAGUUUGUACCAACUGUAGACCAAAUUCACGCCUGUCAGUCUGCAUCAGGCUGAAUAAGAUGGUACUUAAGCGUUUCUGGUAUUUGAUAGACGUGCAGAAUAAUGCGUUAUGCAGUCAGUUGUUACUCCUGCAGAGCUCUGAGAGUCCUUUUUAAUAUCAGGUGUGUUUUCUCAGAGUUCCAGAGCUUUGUCAGAGAUUUAGUGUGUACUUCUAGACUCCAGCGUGACCUCCACUUGUGCGAUAAAGUCGCGGGGGCCGACGUUUCCUCUCGGCCUCUUCUCACGGCUUCACGCCGCGGGCGGUGAGCUGAUGGAAACAAGGAGGGUGCCUUUGAAUUACUGCAAGUAAUUAUUGGUGUGUGUUCUGCUGGGGGUGGUCCGUCUGUCUCUCUCUCUCUAUGUGUGUGUGUGUGUUCAGUUCAGUGCAUAAGUAGGCCGAAUGACAUGCAACCUCUGUUCCUUCACUCCUGCGCCCACUCCUGUAGAAAAGUCCCAGCAGUAUUAGCAGCAGCGGUGUAAACGUUGGCCGCUGCACUUCUAUAUUCACCGCAGCAGCGAAUGGAAAAGCCGGGCUCUGUCAUCUGGAAACACACAAACACACACACUCACUAAGUCACGCAGUAACACAGCCCCUGGGAAAAAGAGUGGGACUGCAACAGGAGAUAGAAAUCAGACUGUGCUCUUUGACUGUUUUGUGUCCAGUGACUGGUUAAAAAUCACAAUAAAGCAGCCGAGGCGCUGAGAGCUGGACCGGCACGCCGCUGGUUUAAUGAUUAAGUGUUGAGACCUUGAAGUAAAAGUUGGCGUGUGUGAUAUAUGUGUACAUGUAUGAAAGACAGGAGUGUUAAAUGUGAUUUAGGUGAGGCGAGGGUUUCCUCAGCCUCCACACAGAGCGUUAUUGUGUCUGUAUGUGAACUAAGGCUGUCGUAAUGGACCGAUCUUGGCGGUGAUGUCUUAAGCUGUUGAUAAUGUGCUAAAAAUAAGUAUAAGGUCAUAAUAUGAGUUAAUAGGAUUGGCCGUUUGCACUGGUUGCUAAAUGAAAUAAAACAGAAGAUAGAUGAAGAAGAAGCAGCUGCUAGUGAUGUAGCUGUAGCAUCCCACUUUUAAAACCUAAACUUAUCUCUCUGGAGUCUCUUCUGAUAAUUAAUCAGUCGAACUGUUCUCAGUGUGUGUUAUUGGCCCUGAGAUCAGGGAUGCUGCUGGAAGAGGGGGAUGGUAGACUUCUCCAGACUGAGACAGCAGAGGGAUAUAAGCCAUUUGGUCAACAUUCCUCCUGGAGCAUAACAGAAUACCAACGUGGGCUCAGAGAGAGAGUGUGUGUGGAGAUAUAGAGCAUAUGUAUGUUGAUAACGUUCUCUUGUUGAAGUUUUUUUAGUGAUUACCAGAGUCAUAGACAUUUAGCGAAUCAUUGUCUUAUAACUGUAGUUUUAUAAAAUUUACAACCGCAUAAAAAUAGAGUUUAUUACUUCUAUCAUUAAUGUAAUUUCAGCCAAUAAAUGCUGGUUUGUCAAGCUGCAAUCUGAGAAGCUGAUUUAAACAUCAGGUUUUAUAUAUCAUGUCUGUCGUUUUUUAGUUUUUAGUGUUAUUUACUGUACAAAAAAUGAUUUCAGUCUAAGCUAUUACUCUCUGCUUCCUUUACAUGAUAGCUCGGUUUUUACUGUCUGGACUCAUGAUAAUAAGUAAGCUACUUCUGCUAAUGCUAAAGCUAAUGUCUUACAGUUUUCCCAUAUGGGUAAUUUGGUUGUCAUGCAUACAACAAUUCUGUAUUUUUAGGAAAACUCAUUAAUAACGUCGAACACGAUCCUCAAUUUCCCGUUUAUUGAUCGGUGGACAUGCCUUGGCUAGACUCUCAGAUGUAUUCUCAGACAAAAAGACAAUUUCUUAAGAUCAUUUAUCACUUUAAACUCAUCGAGUUGUCUCCACAUGUAUUUUCUUUGCGUCUCUCGUCAAAAGUGAUGCCAAAGUAGUGAGCUCUGUCCGCUCUCGCUGAACUGUCAGCUCACUUUCAUAUGUAGUUUUAUGGUUCGACUGAGGUCCCUGCUGCUCUCUAAGGGGACAUAUUUCAUUCACUUUGUGUCCCUCCAACUGUCUGAUCCCCGUGGGACAAUGUGGAAACCAGAAAAAUAUGCUACAGUCAUUGUUUGGUCUUGUUAAGAUUCAAUAACUGGUGGAAUUUGACGGGUUGCGCUGGAACCGUGCCUGUUUUUUCAAGAUGAUGAAUUGAGCGGCCGUAAUGACGACUGUUAAUUUAUGAUCCAAGUUUGAUGGUUUUAAAAUUUGGUAAUAGCGCAGUUGUUUUGAUGGAUUCCAGUGGCUCACAUCAACCGUCUGGACUGAGAGUUUUCCCACCAGACUUCUUAAGAGCUAUUUCAAUGAACAUCAGACCCCAGUGUCUGUCUGAGUGGACUCGAGUGGAGCUCUUCUGGCGUACAGCUGAGACACCCCUCACCAUUCAGUUAUUUGUCAGCAAUUAGGUUUAUUGUCUUCUUUGUACCUAAAAAUAGAAAUUAACUCUACGGUUGUCUACUUUGUAAGUCUUGGUGGAUCACAACUCUUACCAAUCCAGAUAAAGUUGGGGGUAAAAAGCUAGUCUGAGUUUUAAGGCCUUCAGACCAGUAAAACCAACGAAGAACACAGAGGAAAUUUGUACGUUUUUAAAAAUGUAGUUUCUUAAAGGUACAUGGGUCUCUGAACUUUAAAUGUUUGUUUUCAGACUACCUUGUUGGUUGGUUUUAACUAUGUGGUACGCCAAUAGGUGAAUUUAUAUGAUCACCUCUAAUUAGAUUAGAAUUGAAGAAACGGCACAAUCAGCUUUUCAAGAGUAUCUUGAAGCAAUAUGGCUAGGAUACACUGGGGUGGCCAAGGAUAUACCUGGGCCACUAAGAAUUUACCUGGGUGGUCAUGAAAAAAGCUAGGCUGCUGAGAAAAUACAUGCGCGGCUAGGAGUAUACCUGAGAAGCUGCGAGUAUACCUGGGUGGCAGAGAACAUGCCAGUGGGCCAAGGAUAUACCUGGAUGGCUAGGAAUCUACCCAGGAGGCUGCAAGUUUACUUGGGUGGCUGAUAAUAUACCUAGGUGAUUGAGAAUGUACCCUUAAACCUGUGCCCAGUUCCUGUCCUUGUGUGGGAAACACUGAGACUGAGAAUAUACCUGAACACAGAAGAGUGUGCCUUGCUGGCUAGCAAUAUACCUGGGUGACUGGGAACAUACCUUGGUUGCUGAGAAUAUACAUGUCUGGCAGGGGGUACACCUGGGGGUCUGGGAAUAAAUCUAAGCUGCUGAGAAUAUACUCUGAUGGCCAAGAAUAUACCUAGGUGACUGAAAAAAUAUCUUGAUGGCAGAGAAUUUACCUUUGUUGAAGAGAAUAUACCUGUGGGCCAAGGAUAUACCUGGGCGGCUGAUAAUAUACCUAGGUAAUUGAGAAUAGACCUAAGGAGGAAUAUACCUCGGUGGCUGACAAUAUAUCUUGGUGGCUCGGAACAUACCUUGGCUGCUAGGAAUAUACAGGUUUGGCAGAGGGUAUACCUGGGCAUCUGGGACUACAUUUAGGCUGCUGAGAAUAUACCCUGAUGGCCAAGAAUAUUCCUGGGUGGUUGGGAAAAUACCUUGAUGGCAGAGAAGAUAUCUUAGUUGAAGAGAAAUACCCAUGGGCCAAGGGCCAUGGGCGGCUCGGAAUUUACCCAGGGGACUGCAGGUAUACCUGGACAGCUGAGAAUAUACCUGUAUGGCUGAGAAUAUACCCAUAAACCCAUGCCCAGCUCUUGUCCUUGUGUGGGAAACACUGAGCCUAUGAUUUGAUUUUUGAAAAUCUAAUUGGGAGCUCCUGUUGUUUCACCUCAUAUUUGGACCCGUUUAUUUGAUUUAACUGGUGGGUCCCCUUGAAAGGCCUCCCCAGUCAAUGGCUCAUCUACUUUGACUGAAACUAAAUUGUCAGAGAUACUUUGUUUGUGUCUGCAAAAUUUUGAAAUAUCUCGUUGCACAAGUUGACCUCGGUUAAACUCUAACAGAUAUCUGCUGCAUGUGGGCAUGAGGGAUGAUGUGAACAAGAGUUUGUUGUUUCCUAUUAGUGGCUGAAAGGGAUUUUCCUCCCUUUUCUUCUGCUUCUUCUUCUUUUUCGGCUGUUGGAAUUCAGGCCAUGUUUCUUGCGGGGAGUGUUCCAGCAGAGUGUGUUUGAAAACACCGCGAGCCGUCUGCUGUUUGAUUCGCUCAGAAGAGGUAACAAAGAUGGAGACGAUAAUCUGUCCCUCUGUUCCUUCUGUUGACGCUGACAGAAAUCCAGGGAUUUUACAGGGGAAUGUUUUGACAUGUGGUCGAAGGUAUGCAACCAAGAGCGCAGGGCUGGUAAACAGUGCCGAGAUACUCCCUGCAUUCCUGUAAAGGUAGCCUCCAGUAGCAAUCUGCUCAGCGGGGGGUAGAUGAGGAUGCCAUCAGAUAGAGAUGCUAUUGUCUCUACUGUGUGUGUGUGUGUGUCUGUGCGUGUGUGUGUCUUCUGCCCUGACUUGCUUCGCUAACUGUCCUAACUAACCAAAAACACAUGUUGCGUCGAACAUUGUACACAAUGGAGCAUAUUGAUGAGAGAAAGUAAAGAAUGAGUGUAUUCAUAAAUCUGAGUUUUUGAAUCAAGGGCGGGAUGGAAAAGGCAAUUUGUGUUCAUUACUUUGGGAUCAUUUAAUCAAAUUAAGUCCCUUGAUGAGAGAAAAUACCAGAAAAUUACUACCUGCUCUUUAAAUGUUAGUGUUUACUCUUUUUUUCUGAGGGGAAAAGGGAAUAUUUUAGGGUGUUCUCGGAUCACUGCAGCCAAACAAAUAACCUUAAGGAAACAUGAUGAGCUUAGAAAAACCAGUACAGAAACUUUUUGACAUUUUCAUCAAAUUAAAAUUGAUGGACACAAAUCAAGAUACGGUUAUUUAUCUGCCAAGGGGCGUCUUUAUCUCCCUAGAUUUUACAGUUGUCUUAAUAACUCACCUUUUAGUCUAUGAAAGUUUGAAAAUGAUAAUUUAUUUAAGAUAGACCAUGAGAAGAUGUCAUUACUAAACACACCAAACCAUAAAAUGUUUAAACUACAACAACAAAAUACCACACUGUCUCACACUGGAAAACCUGGAAAGCAAAAGUUGUAAUUAUUGUAGCUACGAACAAUUACAAAUAAGUUUAAGUUAAAAUACAUUUAAAAUAUCUUACUUUAAGUUUCACAGUGAAAUGACAGUUUAACGUAAGGCCAGUGGCAAUACUCAUGAUCGAAAGAUACAAUACAGCGCAAUGAUAUGAUAAAAUACAAAAUGUUAUAAAAGUAAAAUAUAUGAAAAUAUAUAUUAUACGGCACCAUACAAUAUGAAAUGAUACAAUAUGAAAUGAUACAAUAUGAUAUGAAAUUAUAUGACAUGAUUUUAUAUGAUAAAAUAUUAAUACAGUUUUAUAUAAUAUGAUAAAAUAUGAUAAAUGAUAUCAUAUGAUGCAACAGGAAAUGAUAUCAUAUGAAAUUAUAUGAUGAUAUGUUACAAUAUGAUUCAAUGUAAUACAGUGUGAAAUGAUAUGAUAUGAUUAAUAUGAUGAUGAAAUUAUAUGACAUGAUAUCAAAUGAUAAAAUAUGAGAAAUUAGAUUAUGUGAUGCAACAGGAAAUGAUAUGAUAUGAACAAUAUAUGAGAUUAUAUGAUACAACAUGAUAUGAUAAGGCUCAAUACGAUUUGAUACAAUAUGAUUCAAUAUGAUACAAUGAGAAAUGAUAUGAUACAUUAUGAUAUAGUGAUGAUAAGAUUUGUUGGAUGGGAUUUGAUACGAGUUAUACGAUAUGAGAUAAUACGAUACAAUCUUAUAUAUGAUAUAAUAUGACAUGAUGCGAUAAGAUAUAAUAGAAUAUUGUACAAUACAGUUACAGCAUGAUACCUCAUAGAAUAAUGGACACAUCAGUUCUCAUGGCCCAUUAAUAGAGUCAUAUCACAGUUAAAAAACCUUUAAGACAAUCAUAUAAAACCUGAACACUGAGAAAUGUUGCAGUCAAUACUUAAAGUUGGAAAGUAACAAGUAGAGAAGUGUGUGUGUGUGUGUGUGUGUGUGUGUGUGUGUGUGUGUGUCGGGCGGGGCAGGAAUGUCUCUAUCUCUGAUCUGUGGAGCCUUUAGCUGUUUCUUUUAGGCUACGUCUGCAGGCUCACACACUCACACACACACACACACACUACAAUAACAACCUCUGUGUGUGUGUUUCUACAUACGUGUGUGUGUAGCUGCUUCAGUACAGUGACUCUCUAAUAUACAGCGUAGUUGUUACAGCAGCAUUAAUGUGUGUUUCUGUGAGUUUAGGUGUAAAUAUUAAAGAUAAAUGGCAGUAAAGGGAGUCGGGUUGUGUUUUGAUAAGUGUGUAUUCGGGUGUGUAGAAGUCCUGACCCCAGGCUGCUGCAGUUGUUAUUGUUUUUGUGUGACGCUCACCAGGGGGGCAACACACACACACACACACACACACACACACACACAUGCACACGGACAGACACACUCAAAUCAGCCGUGUUUUUCUUAACUCUCAGAUUACACCACAGUUGCAGCUUCAGGAACCCUGUUGGGUCUGUACUUUGCUGAUUUGGGAGUCCUGACCCAUAUAUCCCGGUUUUCCCCGAAGGAUCGGGCCCAGAGAGCCUGACUGUGCUUUUUGAAAGGGGUUUUAAGCUCAUGCAGUGACUUCCACUACAGAGUCAUGACGGUUUUCAGACAUCUAGAAACUUCUCAUGGUUUCUCACCAAGAGGAAUGGAACGCAUUCCCGUCCUCCUGUCGUCUCCCAUCACCCACAAUCUCCGGCUCCCAUCUCAGACGCUCUUUUCAUCCCACUUCUAAUGUGAGGGAAGUUAAGACUCGCCAAGUCUCUUUACGUAACCUGACAGGGACGAGGCGGGAGAAACGAAGGAGUGAAAAGAUGUUUCCCUCAGACGCCGUGAGAAAGGGAAAAAGGAUGCGAAACAAAGAGAGUUUUGUGUCAUUUCAGACCUCAAACUGGGUUCACCCACAAGAGGGGACCUCAUCGCACAGCGGAAUUUAUGUGUGCGGUGCAUACUUUGGUUUCGGGCAUGGCUGCGUCGCAAUAAACUGUAAACACAUAAACACAGAGUCGCUGAAAACACACAAGUUGUGCCGGUACAGCUCUUUUUAAUCAGGCGUAAUAGCUGGGAAACUGCCUCUAAUGUCGAAACUAAUCGCUGAUGUGCGACGAGGGGAAAAUGUCACAACUAAAACAAGCAGGAUGAACAGAGUCUGGAUAUGAAGACACAAAAAAGGAUGAAAAUAUGGGGGAAAAGUGGUGAGACGGUUUGGUUCAGGGGGUUGUUUUAAGGUUGUUUGGCUUCAGGCUGAUAGAUUAUAGAUGGACGGGAUCGGGACGGAGGGAUACGAGAUCAAAAGAUAGAGAAGGAGGGGAAGGUUUCAGGUUUCUGGUCACAGCUGGCAGAUCGGUGCUUCCCUGCGUUUAUGAAUCUGUAAACUCACUAACAAUCGUGUUAUUGUUGAGGGUUGUCCGCGAAUGAUGAAGUAUUUUCACGAUCUAAACCAGCUGAGCCUUCGCACCGAAAUAAAAAGGACACAUCUGAACACACUCGAAACCUCGAUGGGAGUUUCUGGUGGAGUAUGGAAGCCAUUAGAUCCGGUGACCGGCGCUGACAAUGGCACGGGUCAAAGGUCGGCGGCCUGGUGUGACCAGAGCCGCGCCAGAUUGAUCCAUCAACGUCAUGUAUGUGUGUGUGUCAGUGUGCGUUUCCCCUUUAUCUCGCGCACACAAGUGCACACACCUAAAGAGGGUGAAACAUUAACUUCCUAAUGUGAACUAAAUGACCUUGUCCUCUCGACUCAGUCCGGCCCCUCCCCCCACGCCGCCCUCAUUCUGGACUCUAACAGGAUAUGUAGUUUCAUCACAUCACUAACAGCUAAAUUCCACAGGAUACGGAACGGCUGUGCUCUGCACUGGAACGGCAGCCUGAUCAAAUACGGAAGCAUUAUAAUCAGUGUGCGUGAUUCCACACAAUCCGUCCGCCGUCCGGCUCUCCUGUGGAUCCGCUCUGGCAGUCGGAUCAGAUACGCAAGGCUUCUAUUUUUGCCGGAAUCCGCAGCACAGCACAUCAUCGGUAAUACUGGAAGCGCUUCUCCUUCACUUCCGGCAGCGGAUUGAAUCCGGUGGGCGCGGUAUGUUUAUGUUUUUGAUCCGCCUAUUGUUGCAGAUCUGCAUGCGGUGGAAUCCCGGCGUACGACUGAUGCGCACUACAGGUGUAGAUGCUGAAAGUGAGCUAAACAGUUUAGUCUUUGGUCUCGCUUAGUCUUCACUAGAUUAUUUGUCAACAUUUGUCAAUUCAACAGUGCUUAUUGCUAGCAUGUCUUUUGCAAUACAAUAAGCGACUGCAUCUGUAAAGGCCUUUGUGUCUCUUCAACGUUUUGUCGUAAGGUGUUGCGCUAGAGAAAGCGGACUGAAUGGUCGACUGCCAUGAGCUCCUUGCUCCGCUCAGGGUUUGUAACCUUUUGCAUUGGUGUUGAAAAAGAUUUGAGGUAUUCCCCGACUUUGCGAGAACAUGUACUGGACAAAAUUUGCAGUGCACAUUACUGUGCUUCAUGUCCGACCUCGAAAAACCAAAAUACCUCCACACCACCGACGUUUUCUUGCCAGUGUUGUUGACAAUGUCAUCAUAUGCACGAUAUGUUUAGCGCUAAGCAAACCCGGAGCAACUCCCCUUUUCAGAUUCGUACCGUCUACCAAAACAUGGCAGAAUGCCGACUAUCGAAAAGGGUAUUGACCAUGUUUUAUAUUGAUAUAUUGAGAAAUUAAUUUUUGAUAUAUAUUGUUACCGUUUUAUUGCCCAGCUCUACAGCAGGGGUACCUCAGGGAUCAAUGCUCGGUCCCCUUCUUUUCUCUAUAUACACUUGAGGUCCUAAAAAUCAGGUACUUCAGAUGUCUACGUUUGUCUGAAACAGCUGACAAACCAAGUUUUCCUUCAAGGACUCUGUGUUUUUAUGAGAUCCAGCUCUAUCUGCGUACUCAGAAUUCUCCGAAGAUUGUUUUUUUCCAGUUUCUGUCCUUGUGAUAUUUUGUCGGAUUAUAUGUCCUGAACGGCUCGGCCUGUUUAGAAGACUGCUCUCUUUGUGUUUAUGUGUGUUUUCUUUGUUUGGGUUAUCUCGAAGAAACAUCGUGGUGUCCUCGUAAAAACUCCUCAAAGAUCUACUGACUUCAAUUUGAUCUAUUUUGGUCCGAGAGGUGGAGGACGCUCCUGAAGAAGGACUUUAUUUAUCCCCAUGUGACUCCGGAGGAUCACACUGUUCAGACGUGUGUGUGUCGGGCUCUUGUUGGAUUAGACACACUCAGGGGUUGUCGUGGUGCAUUAUGGGAGCUGAAGUGUGUGUUUUUAUGAUGUAUUGAUCCGGAUGACGGCUCAGGGUUAAGGUUUGACAGGUCGGCGUUUCUGCAGAACCCGGGGGGUUUUAGUCACGGCGCAGCGGCGCUUCUUUGCCGAGGAUUCUGGGUAUCGGAGCUUUGAUGUGGCCGGCAUCUCAGAGUCUUUAAUGAGGGGCUUGUUUUCACAGAUUAAGUCCGGUUUUAAUGGAAUUAGUGGAGAUUAAGGUGGUUAGAACAUCUCUGGUGUGGAGAAGUCGAGGUUUCUGCUCUGGAUUUCCCAAAAGUCGGCCGUCAAUCAACUCUGUGGGCGACUCAGUCCUUCAGUUUAUCGCAGACUUUGUGUAUUUCUUGUAUUUUUCAGGGUCUCCAUGUCUCCUCCACUUUAUUAUAAAUUCAAAAACAACCUUUUCCUCGUCCAAACUGAUUUUCACAAACUCACAUAUGACAUUAAAAUACUUUUUAUGUUCGUUGCCUCUUUAAAAAAGUUAAAUCUUUGAGUUUAGACGAGUAUCCCCCCGUUUUCUGGCUCCGUUUCAAUCCAGAGAGUCGAUAUGAGGACUUUUUAAAUUAGAUUUGACAAUAUUUAGACUCAUCUUUGGAGCGCAGCUUAUGAAAACAUACAAGCGAGGAGACUCGGCAGAUAGUGUCUGCAGCGUGUUUGAAAUAAUGACUGAAAUAUUCUGGAUUCAAACAAACAGAAGAAGGAGAAGAAGCCGAGGCUGCCCAGCGUGGAGAUGGACCGCCGUCACAUCAGGAUCCGGUCCAUCCUGGUUGUGGACUGACACGAGUGUGUGAGGAUAAAGCAGAGUGUGUGUGGAGGAUGGAGGGGAGUGUAAAAACACGGAGGAACAUUCCUCGCCGUCCUCCUGAAACAGAGAGACUCUGUGAAGACGAGGAGAGAGGGGUGUUUGCUCACAUGUCGGUGCUCGUCCAUGUGACUCCACCGCAGGAAGUUUCUGAAGCUCCAUGUGUGAAAUUCAGGAAGUGGAUGACGAACAGAUCGAGCUUUAGGAGAGAGGAGUCUGAAGAGAGUCGAGGAACAAAGAUAUAAAGAAAAAAACAUGUCAGGUUUCUUUUCCUCUCUUCUCACCUUUGAGUUUCAUUUAUCUACAUUCUUCUCCCUUCUUUUCUUUUUCUCCUUCUUUCCUUCUGUCCUCCCUUCUUUCCAUCCUUUCUUUCUCCUCCCUUCAAUCUUUUAUUCCUUCUUCUCAUCCUUUCUUCUAUCCAUCCUUUGUAUUCUUCCUUCCAUCUUUCCUUUUCUUUCUCUUUCAGACUUCCUUUCUUUCAUCCUUUUAUUUUAAUCUUCCUCUCAUCCUUCUUUUUGCUUUUUCCAGCUUUCCUUUUCUUUCCUUCUUCAUUUCCUCUUUCCUUAUUUUCUUUCUUUUCUUACCUUUAUUCUUAUUUGUGUCCUUUUCCUUGUUUCCUUUCUUCCUCCCUUCUUCUCAGUAUGUUUAAAAUUAUUCUCAAACAUUUCCUCAUCUCCUCUCCUUGUCUCUUGUCCUUGUCUCCUCUCCUCUCUGUUCUCACUCUUGUAUUGAAUUUGAUCAGUCUGUGUCAGUCGUCCUUUCCUUGUCUCCUCGUCUCCUCAUCUCCUCUCCUCUCCACCCCCCUCUCCCUGUCUCUUCUCCUUGUCUCCUUGUCUAUUCCCCUUGUAUCCUUUCCUCAUCCCCUCUCCUUGUCUGCUCUCCUCAUCUCCUCUCCUUGUCUCCUCUCCUCCACUCCCCUUGUCUCCUUGUCUCCUCCUCUUGUCCCCUUUCCUCAUCUCCUCUCCUUGUCUCCUCUCCUCAUCUCUUCUCCUUGUCCCCUCUCCCUGUCUGCUUUCCUCAUCUUCUCUCCUUGUCUUCUCUCCUUGUCUCCUCUCCUCUCUUUCCUUCCUUUUGUCCUUGUCAGUAGUCGUUUCCUUGUCUCCACUCCUUGUCUCCUUUCCUCAUCUCCUCCCCUUGUCUCUUCUCCUUGUUUCCUUUCCUUGUCUCCUCUCAUCUUUUCUUACUCUUUACUGUGCCAGUAGUUGUUUCCUUGUCUUCUCUCCUUGUCUCCUCUCCUCAUCUCCUAUCCAUGUCUCCUCUCCUUGUCUCCUUUCCUCAUCUCCUCUCCUCUCUUUUCUUACUCUUGUCUGUGCCAGUAGUCAUUUCCUUGUCUCCUCUCCUCAUCUCCUCUCCUUGCCUCCUCUCCUUGUCUCCUCUCCUCUCUGUUCUUAGCAGUCCUGGAUCUUCUCCUCUGUCAGGGGCCGCUCUGCUGCACCCUCACCCAGAGAAAGUGUCUGUUUUUGGGGCGUCACAGUCCUGUCUGCUCCCUGAAAUGACUCCAUGGACAGAUCGAAGGACUGAGACGCUCCGCCGUCCGUCUGCGUUUCUUUACACUAACACACACACACACACACACACACACAUCUGCUGCUGCUGCUGCUGCAGCUUUUCUGCGUGAGCGUGGGAGCUUUUUCUCUUUUUCCGUCCUCGCCGCUCCCCUCCUCCCGCCCUGAUAAAGAGGGCCUUGUGUGAGCGUGGGUGUGAGGAAGGGAGGAGAGGCUCACGGGGCUCAGACUGGAGGGCAGAGGUUGACGGAGGGUGUGUGAGCCAAGAAGAGGGACGGUUCGGUCUGUCAUAUGUGCAGCAUCACUCUGCUAAAAGACAGACACUCAAAACUCAGAAACGUUUCGAUGAAAGAGAUGACUUCAUGGAGUCUGACACCAAAAUGUCAGGAAAGAGCGAUGAGUUUCACCUCCUUCUAUUUUGAGCUCCUCGAUCCAAAUACAGAAACACUGUGAGGUUUUAUUUAAAGACCAGGAGUUAGACCUCCUCAACCCGCAGACCUGCUGCUUUCUGCUCAUCCCACGCACAGGCUGAGAUUAUACAGGACUUCAACAUCGACCUCAUUGUGGAGAGUGGGUCAAACAGCCGGUGACUCAGACCGGCUCCAAAAACCAACCGUGUAAAUUAAGGUGAAUUCAAAGAGCGUCCAAGCAGGACGUGUGGGAGAAACUGGGCUCUACCUUCAGAGCUGAACCAAGAACCUGGAAUCAAACACGGCGUCCAGCUCCAGCUCCUCAGCCUGAGUAUUUCCAGGUUCGAACCGCCGUUUCCAGAAACCUUUCCGCUGACGCUUUAUGUUUGGGAGCUGAACGGUGGCGGCGCAGACAAAAGCUGGAGCUGGUGUUCAGCAGGGGGUCCAUGGAGGGGGGUUCUCAUUGUCCUGGGGGAGCGGAGAAGAGGUUCCUGGAGGGGGUCUUUGCCUGUCAGGUUGACGGCUCCAUUUGAAGCAGGAGUCGGGAUCCUUUUGGAGUCUUUGGAACCACUUAGAUCCUCUCUGCUGCCGCUGCCUGUUCUUGUCUCCUGGUAGAUGGUGUUGAAACAUACUACGGCCGAGAACUGCCACUGCUUCAAAUAAAAAAGAACGCAAAAAAAAGGAACCACAACGGAAGUUACAGAUGCAAAAAACAGAAACCGAAGCCCGCUGCAAAUAAAAAAGAAACAGUGCGGGGAAAAAAAGUUUUAAAAAAGCCAUGACAGUAGUUAACGAUGCAAAAAAAAGGUACUUACUGCGUAAAAAAAGGAUGCAAUUUGAAAAAGCCACAAUGUCCUCAACGAAAAUAACACUGCAGAAUAUAUGUUUAGUGUUGAUUGACGAAAUGAUCAUGAAUUUGCAACUCUGUUCGUAGUCCACCACUAACUUUUUCGUUUAUUCUCGUCUUGUCAACUUAACGCACAUUCGUCUCGUCACAUUUUAGUCAUUUAAGACUUAUUUUUAGCUCAUCAACGUCACGUCUUCGUCAUGGAAAAUGGGCGAAAACAACACUGGUGCAGAUAAACAUUUUUAGAAAAAGCCAUGACGGAAGUUAACGAUUCAAAAAAAAAAAGUUGUGAUGAAAAAAAAAAAAAUUAAACGAUAACCUUUCCCCUAACUGCUUUUCUCGUCUUCUCGCUGUCGUCUUCUGUGCCUAGAUCGUACAACACCGAUGCAUCAUCAUUAUUGGUCCUCGCAAACUCACUUCCACUGUCGCUUUUUUUAUUUUCAACAAUUUUAUUUUCUCAGUAAGUAACUUUUUUUAUUCCAUCGUCACUUUUUUUUUGCGUCGUUAGCUUCCAUCGUGUUUUUUUUUUUUUUUUUUUUUUAAUCUGCACUGUUUCUUUUUUAUUUGGAGCAGGCUUUGAUUUCUGUUUUUUUUUGCAUCGGUAACUUCCGUUGUGGCUUCUUUUUUUUAUUUGCAGCAGUGGCCGUUCGUAGACACCGUAUAAAGUCUAUAAUGCAGAUCUAUAUUACUGUGCAUUAAACAGAUCUAUAUUCAUACGUUUGAAUCCAGAAUGAUCCUCUUUAACCAGAUGACACACUGAUUCCCGUCUCUCAUGAUUUCCUCUGAUUUCUUUAUGUAAACACGUGGAGAACAGUUUCCUUUAGCUCUUGGCAGCAUGUGUGUGUGUGAGUGUGUGUGAAUAUGUGUGUGUGUAAGUGUGUGUGUAAGUGUGUGUGUUAAUCCAGAUUCAAGUAGCUGCAUAUCCUCACGCUGAGAGAAAUGACACGAAGUUUCCCAAACUUUCCUCAUUCCCACAGCGUUUGACAAUCUGUUUUGUGCGUAUGUGUGUGUGUGCAUGUGUGUGUGUGUGCAUGUGUGUGCGUGUGUGUACGCGCACGCUGUCCGCUUUCAGACUUCCUCAGAGCACGCAGCUACUCAUUUUCUCUGUCUCGACCUUUCGGUAAUGGGAGGUUUAACGUGCACGUGUUUACAGAGGGCGCCGCCUUACAGUGGACUGCACAUACACACACACAUUCAUACGCACACACACUCACACACACAUAGACAGAUGUGCACUGUAAAAUAAACUUGGUUAACUCCUGCUGUUUUAUAUAGAAGUGCAGAUGUUUGCUGUGUUCAUCAUCACACACAUGCACAAACACACACACACACUGCUGCAGGACAGUUUUGCGAUAAAGACGUUGUUGUUCUGUGUUGGUCAGUGUGUGUUUGUGUGUGUGUGUGUGUGUCAGGUGAUAGUGAGGCGAUGACAACCUCCGACCAACGAGGGGAUUCCCAAUUUUUCCAGAGCACAAUAAUGAACACACACACACAAACACGCGCACUAACACACACACACUAUGAAGUCACCUGGUACACUAAAAAUAAAAAGGUGUGUCUGACCUGUGUGUGUGUGUGUGUGUUUGUGUGUGUGUGUGUGUGUUUCAGCUAACAAGAGAGGGCAUUCUUCUCCGUCUCCCCCGCGCCUCGGGUGACCUCACCCUGUCUGGACAUCUCACUGCAGCAUGGCACACACACAAACACACACAAUUACACGUACACACACAGCGAACUGGCAUGUAGGUCAGACUUGAGUGAAACUGAGUGAAAUUGCUCUGAAACUGACCCAGAAACGAGUUUAUUUAACGCCGUAAGAAGGACUGACGUUGGUGAAGUUUUUUCUAUCGAUGAUUCAGGGAGAAAAUUUUUAAUUUGAGUUUAAAAAAAAAGUUGUGACGAGGACCAAAAGAAGCCUUAAAGGGAUAUUCCGGCGUAUGAUUAAUUUAGGGUCAAACACAUCGUAACACCGAGUUAGACACCUAAUCCAGAGAUGAAUGUUGCCGACCGUUUACUUCUCUAGUUAUACCAACUUUAGUAAUGACAGCACGAUAGCAAUACACAGCAGUCUGAGGAGUCAUAAACAAACCUGUAAGGAUGCCUAUCCCAGGUUCAUACCAGAAAGAAUGGAAGGUCCACACGAAUGGUCAGUUUGACAAGCUUUACUGGUUGCAGAUCUGGGUUACAGCUUCAGCAUGCUACAAGUGUAACAAAGAGUGGUCCAAGACCAUUCAAGUAUAUAUAGUGGUUCACAAUUCUAAACAUACUGUUGGUAUUUAGCUGACCCUAAGAGAAAUCCAUGUACGGUCAAAACAAAGGACAACAUGUUUCAAAAGCCUUAGAUGAACAUGUGGAAGGUCCCAAGAAGGAAAUAUCAUGGCAAACAUAGUUUGGGGACCUACAUGGUGUAAAUAAUGUGUACAGGGUUCCUUGCUCAGGGAUGGUUGGAGGAGGCCCCCCGGCUCCAGCAAUCUAACACCAAAGUGUCUGGGGUAGUUGAGUGACACAGCUCCAACACUCUAGAGGCUAGUAUGACUAGCUGAAGAAACUCAUCCUAACAGUCCUCCCUUUUUUUUUUUUUUUUUUUUUUAUUUCCUAUGUACUUUUAUGUUAUUAUUUACAGUUAUCACCUGACCAGGGUCUCUUAAAACAAAAAGAUGGGUUGAAUAAACAAAUAGAAGAAGGGUCAGCCACCCCAAACCAGCCCACAACGGGCCGUAGGAUUUGAGGCUGCCCUCUACCCUAGACCAACGACUGAAGCACCUAAACCCUACAAAACCAUGAACAAAAGCCGCGAAAACAAACCUUGUCAACCCACCUAAAGAUAAAAAAGACUAGUCCUAUAUUUUAAGGAGCUAUGACACUCAACAGGUCAGUAUCAAAUUAACCAGUUUCAGGCCUCCCCAUCCCUGAAUUCUUCAGAUGACUCAGAUGACGAAGAGGAGGAGAGCCAAGGUCCCUGUACGGAGGGGGAAGGGAUACAAUCCUUCUCCAUCAGGAGUGUAGUCUGCACGAAAGACGUACUGACCAUAGAAGAAACAGAUUUCAUGAUUAGUGCACGGAAAAUGGGAAAACAACAGCACAUCACAACAGCCACAAUCAAAAUAAUGACCAUAACUGGACCUGCAAUGCCCAUAACCCAGGCAUAGAAGGAGCUACCUCCAAAUAGGGCUGAGAUAUGAUCCCAAGCCUUAAGUCCAGUAGACCCCCCUGUGAGGCGUGCAUCUUUAUUGGCAGUGACAAUUCCCAUAUAGAUGUCUUCCAGAUUCUUAAUGGCUAUCGUCAAAUUGCCCAUUCCUUCAGAAUCAGAUGGUAAGUACGUACAACAGCCUUCUCCUACAAUGGCACACACACCCCCUUGAGAUGCCGUCAAUGCAUCUAAAGCAACGCGAUUAUCCGAGGUAAAACGGCGGAUCAAGUCUAACUCAGCAUAUAUGGAAUUAAAACCCUGCAAUGUGGCAUUUGCCAUUAAUGCCAAGUCAUGCCUAGUAAGCGCGAUAAGAUAAUGAUUCGUAUAUUGUAAUUCCGUGUUCCAAAAUAAGGUACUAAAAACCAAUUGUGAAUGUGUAUAUAUCUGAAAAUCAUCACGCAAUGCAUAAUAACGUGUGGCCAAGUCAGUGGGGUUUGAGUUCUUCAAAUGGAUAUAACCAGUAACUUCAGACAACUCUCUCCUAGAUCUUGUGGAGUUGAAGUGUUGUGGUGCGUAUUCAACGGGCUCCACAAUGUAGGUUACGUCAUGUAACAUGCAUAGACCACACCUACCCCUGAAACGGGGAGGGAGACUACUCCAAACAUUGUUACCACAACACCAAUAAAAGCCAUAUGUAUAUGGAGUGCCCAUCAGAGAUAAUUGGGCGUAAUCAGUAUGUGAAUUAACAAUAAAACGGCACUGGUUAACCUUUAGAAAACCCAUAUUCUGCCCACCAUCAGUGAGGGAUUGACCCUCUAGACAAACAUCAAAGAUGUCGGAUGGAUCUACCGCUAUGGAUGAUUGAUGAGGGGUAAUAGACAAGUCCGAGGUUAUGUUCAAAAGAUAUUUAUUGUAAAACCCAGAACACAUAAGCAAGGAUGGAUGAUUUUCAGGUACGUUAAAUGAUGUUGCAUGUACAUGGAAAAUAUCGUUUCCAUUUUCUUGACUAAUAGAAAUAUUGGAGUAUAUAACAUAUUUUACGACCUUGUUAAGAAAGUUCUUGAUUUUCUGCACUGAAUGCGUUGUCUUACCUAAAUGCAUUUUAGUAGGUCUGAUAACAGGUCGAAACUUGGAAGAGUUAAUGUCAUGUGUUCUGGUUUUGGGAUGCAUUUGUAUGACAUAUUGAUAUGCCAUGGUACACCACGAAGGAAGUCCUUUGGGACCCGUGAGUGAUUUGGCUACCAGUGCAAAAAGAUCUUGAGUAGAUACAGGGAGCAGUGAACAAGCAUAACAAGAAUUUCUUGUGAAAGUUCUAACCCGCUUCUUAAGUGAUUGGUACCAUAAAUUCGAUUCAAAAAGCUUCUUAUUAUCCAGAUUCAGUGCUAAUUCCUUAUAUUUAAGAUCCUGAUUAUUGUCUUCAAUCGUUGAUGAUGGGUUUGCAUCUGUGUCUAUUUGCGAGGGCCAUGCAAUUACAUGUGAAUCUUCAGUACCAUGGACAUUGUUAUCAAAAUUUAUAGUUUUAUCUGACCAAUAUGGGGCACAAACUCCUUGCCAAUAAGGGGGUAUAUAAGUAUGAAGAUGUUCCCCACACAUCCAAACCACGUUGUCUAAUGCUGGGAAAGGGUUAGACGCCAUUAUAUACAGUAUGCGUGGACAUCCUCGGACUGACCCAAGGAUAUAAUCUAUCUUAGAACCAGUUACAGGAGAAACACAAACCGAUGGUAGUAUUUUUUGAGAUGCUUUAAGAAUUAAAGGCUUAAAAUCCUCAUACAUGUCAAAAUCUAAAUGUACAUAAAAACCAGGCGUCAUAGAUUUCCAUAAAUUAUUACAAAAGUUAACUGUGGGAUACGAUGUCAUGGUAUGAAUAGGAAAAGGUCUUGCAUCUAUCGUCUCAUUAUUUUGGGAUUGGUAUUCGACAAAUAGAUUUAUAGUUUGAGCGUUUAAUUGUAAAUAAGUAACAUUGUUUAUAUUAUAUGGUUUAGUCGCUCCUGCGGGUGUCAAAGCAUAAAACAAACAUUGUAUUUCAUGUUCACUGAGGGGUCGGUUAUUAAGAAGACCGACAUCUAAGUAGGGUGUGUGCUUUAUUGGCUGUUUAGUCAUAGCUCGUUUGACAUGCAUCAUGAUCCGCUGAACUGCUUGAUCACUUUUCCCUUCCUUUUUCAAUAGUCCUUCAAAAUCCAAAUCUAACCCACCUGAAGGUAUGGUGCUGCCAAUAGUGCCAUAAAGGAGGGUAUUGCAUAAUAUCAAUCCACCGAGAAAAACAUAUAAGAUAACCACAAUGUUAACGAGUGGAUGCAUAGAUGUGUAGGUGUAGGUUGCCUUCCUCAAUCGGGUUAGGGCAGUCCAGAACCAGGAGCAGUUGACGGGGGAACCGCUGGUGGAGCCGCUUUGAGCCGUGUCGCAUGUAUCCAUUGUGGAUGGCCCUUAACCUUGACUGCAGUGCCCGUGGUGAGGAGGACUUGAACCGCAGGUCCGUAUCGUGGAUCUUUUCCAGUGGGAUUCAGGCUGCGGACCAGAACGUAGUCGCCAGGAGAAAAGCUAUGGAUCGGCUGCUCUGAAGGCGACGGGAUGGAAUUUAUAACCUGCUGAGAAUACUUGGCGACAAAAGAGAACAAAAGUUUUACAUACUCCUGUUGUGCUUCUUGUAAGCAGGUCAAAUUCAUGGCAGAGUCUGUAGGGACUUGAAGACAUAAAGGAAAAGGCCGACCCAUCAAAACCUCAUGGGGAGAUAAGCCAGUAGUUUUGUUUGGCAUAGCCCUUAUCGCCAAAAGAACAUGGGGAAGAGCCUCAACCCAAUUCAUUUGUCUACCCUGAUGGAAUUUGAUGAUCUUUUCUUUAAUUGUUCUAUUCAUGCGUUCGACUUGCCCUGAACUUUGAGGAUGGUAGGGGACAUGAAAGGUCCAUUUGAUACCUAAAGUUUGAGCAAGUAGUUUGGUCACCCGUGAGGUGAAAGGGGUGCCAUUGUCUGAAUCGAUAGAAGUGGGAAUACCAAAUCGUGGUAUCACAUGUUCCAUUAAGCAUUUAAUCACUGUCUGUGCGUUUUCCUUUCUAGCAGGAAAUGCUUCUGGCCAUUUAGAGAAUCUGUCGACAAUAACCAAAAGAUACGAAUAUCCUCGACAUCGAGGCAUAUGUGUAAAGUCAAUUUGUAGACACUCAAAAGGACCGGAAGGUUUGGGGAGAUGCCCAUGUCGUGGAGGAUGCGUAUUAGGAUUACAUCUUGCACAGAUAAGACAACGUUGGAUAAAUUGUCGAACUCGUUUUUCCAAUCCAAUGGUAAAAAACAAUCGAGAGAUGUAGUUAGUCACCGCUGAAUAACUAGAAUGUGUAACCCCAUGAACAAAAGCUAUGAGUGAAUCAUAUGCUAAUUCUGGGAGGGCAAUUCUUUGAUCAUGACAUUUCCAUAAGUUAUCGACGUCCUUAUAACAGCCCCCCUUCUGCCAUCGUGUAAUCUCAUAAGGUGAGGCUUGCCCUUGAAGUGAAACAAGAUUUCAUCGUAUAGGGAGGGUCAGAGAGUUGGAGAGAGGGGUAAUGAGAGACCAUCCAAGGAGAGAGGGGUGCAUUAAGGGCUGCAUCUUUAGCAUAUUUGUCGGCUAAAUUGUUACCCAGAGCAACUUCCUUGUCAGAUUUUGAAUGGCCUGUACAUUUUACAACUGCGAUUUGAUCCGGCAACAUCAUGGCUGCAAGCAAUUCUUUGACAAGAUUGGCGUGUUGAAUUGGUUUACCAGCAGUGGUGACAAAUCCUCUGUUCUCCCAGAUUUUACUGAAAUCAUGUGCCACAGAAAAAGCAUACUUAGAAUCAGUAUAUAUAGUUACACUCUUAUCUUUAGCAAUUUGGCAGGCUCUAGUUAAAGCUACUAACUCAGCCGCCUGAGCAGAAGAAACUGGUAAUUUGUAGGAUUCUAGGCAAUGGCCUUGAUCAUCUACAAUAGCGUAACCUGAAAGGAUAGUUGAAUCAUCUGGUCUCAUUGCAGAUCCAUCACAAUAGAGGACUAACUCACCAUUAUUCAAUGGUGUCUGUUGCAAGUCUGUUCGUACGCUAGAUGUUGAAUUGAUAAGGUCCAUGCAAUCAUGUUCCUUGACAUCAUCUAUGUCCUUAUCUCCAUGUAAUAAUGACUUGAGAUGUAUGGCAGGGUUAGUAUGAGUUGCUGUAGAAAUGGUCAGAUUCUGCGUUCCCGUCAAAAUAUGUUCAUAAUUGCUUCUUCUCUGACUAGUCAUAUGUUGAGUUGUUAUGUUAAGAAGGAUGACAUUGACCGCAUGUGUGGUGUGAAGGGUCAAAGGAUACCCCAAAACUAUGGUCUGCGCUUUUUCAACCAUCAUUGCUGCAGCAGCCACGGCUCGUAAGCAGGGGACCAUGCCCUGUACAAUCAACGGAAGGGAUUUGGAGUAAUAUGCCACUGGUCUCAUUCGUUCACCAUGCGUUUGUGCUAAAACUGCAGAGGUGACUUCCCCAUUGUCUGACACAUAUAGAUGGAAGUCAAGGUUAUAGUCCGGAAGUCCCAACGCUGGGGCCGUGCACAGGAGGUACUUGAUAUGACGAAAGGCAUGUUUCAUCUCCUCAGUCCAGUUAAUAGCUUCAGGUGCAUCUUGGAGAGUCGACCUCCUUAACACAGAAUCAAAAAAGGCAUAAUCCGCCAGCCAGGGUCGACAAUAGUUCACCAGUCCCAAAAAGGAUAACAUGUCAGUCUUCAUCCGAGGUUUUUGAAUAUCCAUAAUGGCCGUCACUCGUUCCGGAGAUAAAUACCUGCACCCAGCUCGCAGAACAUAGCCCAGAUAGUUGACCGAUUCCUGACAGAAUUGGAGCUUUGCGAGGGAUGCUCGGUGACCUCCGUCAGCAAGAUGUGUCAAUAAUGCCACAGAAUCUUGAAUGCAUUCUUCUUCAGUCUCUGAGCAAAGAAGGAGGUCAUCGGAAUACUGUAGAAUACAGGAUCGACAUGGCAAGAUUAACUGAGACAAGUGCAUAUUAACAGCGGCUGAAUACACAACAGCUGAAUCAACAAAUCCCAUAGGCAAUCUGGUCCAAACGUAUUGAUCAUUUUUAUACGUAAACGCGAAUAAAUCCUGUGUAUCUACAUGUACAGGGAUUGAAAAAUAGGCAGAGCAUAAAUCAAUCGCUGUAUAGAAUUUUGACUUUGCGGGCAACGCUGUUAGAAUGGAGUUGACAUCAGGCACUACAGGGGCAAUAGGAAUUACGGCUUCAUUAAUUUUUCGCAAAUCUUGUGUGAAUCUAUACCUAUUAGUUCCAGGUUUAAGAAUAGGAUUUAUCGGGGUGUUGUUUUGGGAGCGUCGUUUAACAAUCACCCCUUGUUCCAGAAGACUUUCAAUUACCGGUCUUAUGCCGUCUUCUUUUUCUUUUGAGAGAGGAUACUGUUUAACAAACACUGGGUAUUUCUUAGGAUUAAUUUUAGCCUGAUAGGGUGGCACAUUCAAUAAUCCUACAUGAUUUGCAUGCAAAGCCCAAAGUUUAGAAGGUACAGCCGCUAAAAUCGAAGGCGGUUGCAAUAGGAUUUCCGUGUGGUCCAUAAGAGAAAUCAAGGGUUUGCCCGUUGUUUGCAACAGUUUGAUAAAGAAAUGCGUAUGUUCAGGACCAUAAGACCAGAUGAUGUAAUCCUUAUUUUGAUCAAUUUGAUCAGGUGUCCUUUUUAGAUAGUCUUGACAGGAAAUCAAAAGAUGGUCAAUAUCCCCAAAAUCAGUUCGAACAGCACAGAUAAAAAAAUGAAGAACCCCUUCCUUGUUUUUCCAUAACAGUACAAGACCUUUUGGAGACAUAAAAAAACGCUGUGGAAGUUCCUCCAUGUCGGUAGGUUCAAUUACUUCAUCAGAAAAGGGCAUAUUGACCGAUUUCAAAUGUAUGAUCAACGCCGCACUAGCAGCCUGACAAGAUGCCAAUUUCUUGAUAUUUGUCAAAGUAAACAGGUCAGGGAUAAAAUCACAAUUUGUCAAUACACUGGUGGCAUUAUGUGACACUUCAACAAGAUGGGAGAAUAGCUGAUAUGUCUUGUCUGCUGGAAUAUAGACUUCAAUACCAUCGGGUGAACACGUAAUGACCGCAUUCAAUUUACUUAAUAAAUCCCGUCCCAAUAAGGACAUCGGUGUUGUAGCACUAACAACAAAUGAAUGUUGCAGUUUGAUGUCAUCCAAAUCAACAGGCAGUGGAACGGACAGGGGCUCUCGUUGUGGGACUCCAGAGAUACCGACAGAUUGAACAGAGAGGUUACUCAAAGGGCAACUUAAGUCCUUUUUCCUUAAACAUGAUGUAGUUGCCCCGGUGUCAACUAGAAACUUAAUAGGUUUACCAGAAACUUGCAUACUUAAUUGAGGUGUCUCCGCUGGUUCAUCGGAAACAUGGAAUUGUGGAGUAUUUACAAUUAUGGUAGAGUAAUCAAGUCUGUUCAUGUCCCACAACUGUCGGUUAUAUCAUUGCUUCCACAAUAAGGAAGAAGCCGCCCCUCUGUCCGGAGGACCCUGGGUUGUGGAAUGACUUCCAGAUAUCAUCCUUUGUGUAUUGGUCUGUGGAGAGAAACCAGAGGUCAUAUGAGGAGGAUAAUAGGGAGGCAUUUGAUUUAUAGGCCCAUAUUGUGAACCUUGGGCCCGUUUUAAGGGACACUGUUUUACCCAAUGUCCAACUUCAUAACAGUACAGACAACGAUCAUUUAUGUCCAUCAUUCUUCCUCGUCCCCGUCCUCUCCUCCCUGGGGGAAUAUAUUCACCCCUCGGGUUGACCUGAAAAGUAUCCGGUGGAUACGGAGAGGGUUCAAAUGGCCCUUGCUCUCUGUACCGUCUAACAUUUCCUCGGCCUCUGGUCAGUUGUACAUGCUGGAAUGCAUGAACGGAUUCUUUUGCGUCGGCACCUAGUUGGACUGCUUGUGUCUUAUUUUUGGAUGCUGCAAAGAGGCCUAUGGCAUCAAGUUCUCUAACUUUCUUCAAAAGUCUAUUAGGAUCAUAGGUAUAAAUAUCGGGUGCAGUCACUCUAAGGGUGUACGAAGCAUUUUGAUCCAAUCCGUUUAAAAACAUAGAGGCAAAGAAGGGAUCCUCUUCUUCCUUAAUCUGUAAUUUGGCUUGCUCUUUCCAGCAUUGUAAAAAUCUAGAAGCAUAUUCAGCUAUAGGUUCAUUCUGUUUCCGUUUACAAUUUAAGACCUGGGUAAUAUCCCGGUCCUGUGCGGCAUUUUUCUCAAGGAAUUUAGUAAGUUCAGAAAUAUGCUCAGUUUUAUGGUCUCUGCUUAACCAGGGAUACUUUCCCUCAAUGGUCUCCUCCCCUUCUACUGGCCCAUCAUAUUGGUACCGUAAGGUAUCACAUUCCGCAAUUAGAGUAUCUAUUUUGAUGUGAGGCAUUAGUGUGGCAAGAAUGUAUCUAACAUCUCGUCCGGACAGAGAUGUAUGCAUUAAUGCCGUGGUCCACCAAUUCAUAAAGGCUGUAGGAUUAUUCAGCGGUGACGGAGCAUCUCUAGUAAUCCGAGAGAUAUCAGUGAGAGUCAAUGGUUUAUCCAUGACACGAUUAUCGACAGUGAUGAGUGGUGUCAUCAGGUUUACUUCCUCUCUGGCAGAGGAUAGGGUUCCCAGCUCAUUACUCUUUAUGUCACUCAACCGGUGCUCAAGGAAUUUACACACGGCCUGUGUCUCAGCAUCAGAGAUUUUUGAGGUAAAAGCAGUAAACUGCCUGCUACCAAUGGGCUUUGUUAAAUCAAGUUGAGUCUUAGAAUCUGUCUCAUAUCGGCGUAAAACGGAUUUGAAGCAGUCAACUAAUGUCUUUGAUAAAUCAUUCAGUGAGAUAUCAUGACCUUUCUUUAUUAUUUUAAACAUGCGUUUAAAUUCAGAAGCCAUGUAUUCUCUGACAUACUGGAUUUUAGCGCUAUGAGCUUUAUCUUUGUCCAGCAUGAAUUUUUUGCUUAUACUUUCAAAAGUUUUUUUACAAUUUUGGAGGCAUUGCUCAAUGCACUCGCUCUGAAACUUUCUCAUAGCAAGAUUCGGCUCCCCUACAUCAGCAAACAAGACAGUGGGGCGGAUUCGGGGCACUGACCCUGGCUGUUCACUUUCUUCCAUUACAUGUAGAAAGAGCCAGCUGUCAUCAUCAUCACUGUCAUCAUUUACAUGUGCACUGGGGAGGGUCAAAUGUGGAGGCAAUGACUCUGGGGAGUUACAAGACAGUGCAACCGGACCGUCACCUUUUUGAAGUUGUAAUGGGACAGUCUUCUGUGUCAUAGAAAAAACACUCCUUUUCUUUUUCCUUUCUGCUUUACUAAUGUUACCAGGAAACUGAUUGGCCAUGGAGGCCCAAACAUGAUACACUUCUGUCAUGUAAUCCAUAUUCCAGAGAGGAUUGGCAAUAGCGAUAUUAUCUAUCAACAAUUCGCGUACAAUGUUUAAUUUCUUUUUAUCAAAACUGCCGUCCUUCGGAAAUCGAUUAUCUGUCCAUUCCGCUAAAUUUGACAAAAAAGGUUCAACAUAGUAAAACCCCAGUUUCAUAUGCAUCCACUCCCUAGCGGACAUCAGAGCAACAGGCUUAACUGGAACCGUGUUCGACUGAGGAGCCUCUUUUAACAAUUCUUUUAUCGCUUUCCUUUCUUUUCUGGGUAAGUCAAGCUCAGAUUUAUUUUUAAUCGUGCCCGGAGGCCCUUUUAAUUUGCUGGGUUGUGAACCCAUUGUUAGGUAAAUGUACAAUAAUUAGUAAAACUAAGACUACUUGUUAGUAUGCAAAGCGUCAAACUGUUUAAUUUGUGUGACCAUAUACAAAUCCUUAUUUAGGACUUUCAAAUGUCGCUCAAUGUAAAGAGAAGCUGCUAUGGGUCGAUAUUAUUCAAUACGUAGAUUUUCAUAUAGCAAAUCACCCUACAACUGCCACUGAAUAAAUCGGGGCCGUCAAGCGGUCAGUCCGUUCAAACAGAGACAGAAGUACCUGUUAAUGACUGAAUCGGGGCCGUCGUGCGGUCAGUCCGUCAGACUAUUAAACAGUAACAACAAUAACACAACCGCGUCGUCCAACGACGUCUUCAUAUAAAAAAACCAGAAGUACCACUCUGCUAAUGACUGAACCGGGGCCGUCGAGCGGUCAGUCCGUCAGACACUUAGACAGAAGUACCAAUAACACAACCACGUCAUCCAAGGACGUCUUCUUAUAAAAAACCAGAGGUACCAAUUCCAUAUUUCUCAACAUAUCAUCCAAGGACUUCAAUAUCUAUUCUUGUCUCUCUGGACACCUAUAUUCACACUAUCCAUCUACUGCGAGUGGGCCCACCCUAAUAUUGAUUAAUAUCGACACAUCUCAGCAAGCAAAUUCAGGGAACUAUUAAUGUUGUAUUAAAUUAAAUACAUUAUCCAUUCAGACUAUCAAAAGUUUAGAAGCCAAUUGUAAAAGGGCUACUAGGCAUCCCAUAGCAGAGGUAUCUUUUUAAUGCUCAAAUCAGGUAAGCAAUACAAUCACUAGUGGAUUGCAUAAUUAAAGAUGCUUACCUUUUUUUGGUGAUUAAUCCUGUUCGUGACGCCAAAUUGUAAGGAUGCCUAUCCCAGGUUCAUACCAGAAAGAAUGGAAGGUCCACACGAAUGGUCAGUUUGACAAGCUUUACUGGUUGCAGAUCUGGGUUACAGCUUCAGCAUGCUACAAGUGUAACAAAGAGUGGUCCAAGACCAUUCAAGUAUAUAUAGUGGUUCACAAUUCUAAACAUACUGUUGGUAUUUAGCUGACCCUAAGAGAAAUCCAUGUACGGUCAAAACAAAGGACAACAUGUUUCAAAAGCCUUAGAUGAACAUGUGGAAGGUCCCAAGAAGGAAAUAUCAUGGCAAACAUAGUUUGGGGACCUACAUGGUGUAAAUAAUGUGUACAGGGUUCCUUGCUCAGGGAUGGUUGGAGGAGGCCCCCCGGCUCCAGCAAUCUAACACCAAAGUGUCUGGGGUAGUUGAGUGACACAGCUCCAACACUCUAGAGGCUAGUAUGACUAGCUGAAGAAACUCAUCCUAACAAAACCUCAACCAAAAUGCCACUCUAUAGCCACAAAUAAUGCUCAGAACAGCACCUAACUUCAUCGCUUGUUUGUAGCGAAACCUCAGGCCAGUCCAUUAUGGACUACAGCGGGGUUUCGCAGCUCAAGGAACAACAUUUAUGAUCAUUUUUCAUGGAAAUGCAAUCAGACUGAGACACUAAGGCAGAAGAACUACCACGUCUGCAGUGUAAAAUGAUCAAUAUGGUGAUUAUUACUUCAAGAAAAUGAUAAAAAAAUGAUCCUAAAUGUUCUUCCUUGAGCUGUGAAACCCCGCUGCGGUAAUGAACUGGCUGGGAGUCUAUAUCAGACUCCUCAGACCGCUGUGUAUUGCUAUCGUGUGGUCGUCACUAAAGUUGGUAAAACUAGAGAAGCAAGCGGUCGGCAACAUUCAUCUCUCGACGGGGUGUCUAACUCGGUGUUGACGUCACAUCCCUCUGAAGAGGACAGGGAUGCAGAGGUGCUCACGGCAUGGCUGGGAGGACGCCGUCGACGCUUAUUGAGUAACUCGAUGUAAAACUAGAAUAAUCUUUUUAGUCUUAAUUUAAUCUUAAUUGAAUGUGUGUGGGAGCAGCUUGUAAAAGUGUGAUGGUCCGACAUGAACCUGAACCAACAAACACUCGCACACAGAAAACAAACGUCCGUCUGCUCGGCUCAUAACAGCAGCCUCUCUUCUUACUGCGCUCUAAUUAAACACAGCAUACCUGCCUGCUGGGGUUAAGUUUAUAAAACCUCCUCUUCCUUUAUUUCCUCCUUUUUUUCUCACAUCUGUUUUCUGUCUGAAUCUUACCUUCUUCCUCAAAAUCAGAAUAUGACACUAAGACGUCUUUAUAUCUUAUGGACUUUACGUUAGCCUCCACUCCUCUUCAUCACUUCAUCCUCAGCUCGUAACGCCUCGUCUUCCUCCCUGUUAUCUGUGUGAAAAUAACUGACGAAUUUGGUGCGUUAAUAGUCCAAAAAAGGAGGUUUGAACCCCGUGUGAGUGCGUGUUCGAGUGUUCAACAUUGGCGCUGUUUGUCGUUCAUUUUUGAUAAAUUGCUGGAUAAUUAGAGGUCAUUUUAUUGUUGUGUAUUUGACUUUCUUAACCAUGUGUGCUCUGUUUGGGAACACUUUUUAUGUGUGUGUGAACAGUGUUACACAUUCCAGCGCUGAAGCCGUCCCUGCCCCUCUGGUUUGUUUUUAUAAUGAAAAACUCAUUAGAAACAAAUGAACGUAAACACUGUGUCCAAUGCAUGCAGCUCACGCCACAGGCUCUUUUAGUGUAUAUGUUUAGAAAGUGUGUGUCUAAGUGUGUGUGUGCGCGCCCUCUGUGGUUUGGGAAUGUAUGGGAAAAGCUGCAUUUUCACAGGGUGUUGUCAAACUAUCCUGGUAAAGGUGGAAACAGAAAAGCACAAGAGGUUCUGGUGUAUUUUGGUAAGUGUGUGAGAAUAAGAAAAAGAGACCGCUACUGGGGAGUCUGGCCUCUCUAUUGGUCGAUGGUUGUAAUGGAAACUUUUACUGGGGAGCUGCUAGCUGAGCUGUCAUAAGAUCCAGAUCUCUGUCUAGUAAGGUUGUGUAAAAUUAUCCCCAAGGUAGAUUUAUUGAAGUUUUAAAAAUGUGGUUUAAGAAGUCACUCAGGACUCAUAGCAGAAGGGGCUGUGAGCUGAGCUGCAGCUUGCUGUACAUCAAUCUUUUUGCCAUGGCUUGGCAUCCUUCAGUCACUGAUUCCUACAUCACUUCUUCAUCAUGCCCAGAGUUUUUCCUUGAAGAAGAAGUGUCCACGAAAUGCUUUUUGGUGGGGCUUUGGGAGCUGCUAGCUGAGCUGCUGCCAACUUUGCUGGGCCCAUUUACCUAAAGAAAAAGAUCCAUAUUUCUGACAAGGCAAAGCUUCUUGUUGGGUUUUGUAAAAUAUCCUCAAAGGUAGAUUUAUAUAGGUUUUAAAACUGUGGUGUAAGGAGUCACUCAGAACUCAUAGAGGAAGGGGCUAUGAGCUGAGCUGCUGCUUGCUGUAACCCAUCUUCUUGCCAGGCUUUCUGUAUCCUUCAGUCAAGGAGUCCUGCAUCACUUCUGCAUCAGUUUCUCCUUGAAGAAAAUGUGUCCUCAAAAUGCUUUUUUGGUGGGGCUUUGGGAGCUGCUAGCUGAGCUGCUGCAAACUAUGGCUAGGCCUGUUUACCUUCCAGAUCCAGAUAUCUGACAAGGCAAAACUUCUUGAUAGGUUUUUGUAGAUUUAUUCAGGUUUUAAAACCGUGAUAAAAUGAGUCAAGAAGAGGCUGUGAGCUGAGCUGACGAUGCAUAAAAUCACCUUAUUUUGCAAGAUGCCUGGCAUGUUUUAGACAAGGAUUCCUCGAUCAUUUCUUCAUCUUUCCAGGAGGUUUUUUUCCUUAUAGGGUUUAGGGGCUGCUAGCUGAGCGGCUGCUACUUUAGCUAGGCUUGUUUGACUUAAAACAGAUGAUUCAGUUGUCUGAAAAUGUGAGGCUUCUUGCACAGUAAUGUAUCCAUACGUUUUCUUUUUACAGAGCCAACACAAGAGAAACAACCAUUCUCGCACACACUCAGCAAGCGGCAGCUCAGCUCACAGCCCCCCCCCUGCUGUCCUGUAUUCUAGUUAGGUAAUAAAAAACAGUUCUUCACUUUUCCACUAUAGAGAUCAAAAAUGUUAGUAAAGUGAGUCAACACAUUAAAAAGCAGGAGGGGCUGUGAGCUGAGCUGCGGCUUACAACGGGUUAUCUUCCUGCCUUAGUUUGCUGUAGUCAAAGAUCCCCUUUAUGGUUUUUCCUCUAUAAGUUUUUUCUCCGAGAUUCUACUUCAUGGGGCUGUAAGCUGAGCUGCUAACCUUGGCUGGGCUUGUUUAUCUAAAAAGUUAUAUCAGACUUUGAACUUCAGAAAGGUGUAAAAAAGAGUCAAGACUUUGUUUCAGUAUCAGCAGUUUUAACUUAUCCGCCAGAUCUUGCUCUGAAUUCCACUCCAUCAAAACCACUUUAAGAAACAAGAGCUGCAAGAAACUAUAUGGAAACAUACAGACCUGACAUAAGAUGGUAUUAAAACCAAGUAUUGUGAUAAAUCUGCCCAGUUCAGAUGUGGUUUCCUGCCUCAGGGCUAGGCCUGGACGAUAUAGAAAAAAAGCAUAUCGAUAAAAAAUAAAUCAUAUUGAUCGAUAUCGAUAAUUAUCGAUAUAAUUAUUAUAAUUAUUUAACAUAUAUUUUAAUUGCAGCCCUGGAUGUUUUAUGCUAUUGCUUAAUGACCUACUUUUAAUAAAGAACACACAAGCACUGAAUUCAAAUUCAAACCUUUAUUCAACCACCUUUUUUAUUUUACCACAACUGAAAGUUUUUUAAAAAAGAACUAAAAGAAAUCAACUUAAGUGGCCUGAGUGUCAUCAGUAAAUACUGACAAACAUAAAGACUUAAGUGACCAGAAAAUCUGAUAAAUAUUUAAAUAGUCUUUUGAUGAAAAUAAACAAAACAAACAAAUAUAUAAAUAAACAGAAUAGCUUUAGGUGGGAAUAGCAUACUACCAGUUUUAACUGUGUGGGAAACUGCCCACAGCCUGGUGUCUGAACACUGAAAUAUUUCUCCCGGGGUCGGGAGAUUUAUUUUUUUUAAUUAUCAUGUGAUUGACUUGAUACACAAACUAAGCACGAGAAGCAGGACUUAUCCACGCCGGUGUUGUGUCGUAGAAUGCACCCCUGCCGAAUGCACCCCCUGCUAGUAGCCAUGAUCCAAAUACUCGCGUCUUUGUAAAAUAUGAGCUCAUUUUCUUCCACUUUAAGAAGCGAAUGAGUGGACGGGAUGCAGGGGUGCAUCCUACGGCAAACACCGGAACGUAUUUCCUCCGCACCCUUCUCACCUUUUCAACCCCUGACCCGUUUUCAUGCCUGAAGCGCUGUGUUUGAGAAACACUUGCGGCCGGGCACUUCAUAUCGCGGGUCGAGAGUGGCUAGAAGCUGGUCGAAGCUAGGCUUUUCAACGGUAGUUAUUAGCAGUAUGUCCCUCGCUAUGGAGCAUGUUACUGCAUGGGUGAUGUCCUUAUGCCGCUCGGACGCUUUGUCGUAUUUUGGCAAGAAACGAAGUCCAGUUUGGUCUGCUUCACAUGCUUUGUGCUGGUGCUGGCAGCGGUUCCAGAGGAUUCCUCCUCCGACGACGUGGAGCCGCGGCGCGGCCGACACAGCUCGUACUCCUGCGGCUGCGAUCGGUUUAGAUGGUAGAACAAGUUGGUUGUGUUACCAGACUUGGUUUUUACUAAUUCUCUGCAAAUUUUGCAAACGACCGCUGUUCGCUUUUUGUCAGACUUCUAAAAACCAAAACAUUGCCAUGCUGGUGAACUACUGAAACCUUUUUUCGGGACAAUGUCCUCCGCUUCUCCUUACUGUAUCAUUUUUUCUAAUACACGUGCUGUCUGUUGUGGUUUGAUAGGGGCUGGGCUUGGUGCCGUAGCGUACCUGGGUCUGCGUUUGUGAUUGGUUGGGAGGAAGCAAUGACUGUAGUAAAAGCUACAUGAUAGGCUAUGAUGAAAAAGAAAGGGAAACUGUGUUUUUCUAUCGAACUUUUUAUCGACCCGUUUUUUUUCUAUCGCACCACACGUCUAUCGAUCGAUAUAUAUUGUUAUCGAAUUAUCGUCCAGCACUACUCAGGGCUUUCAGGGUUUAGGGAGGAAUCACAGCAGGAUUGAAUUUAAAAAUAUUAACCUUUCAAACCGGUUGAAAGUGUCGGCAUUAGGCCCAGGAGAACCCGGCAGAGAGCAGGAGCUAAUAUAUGAAAGAUCUCAAUUUAUGUUUGAGUUGGCUCCCUGUGCAAAGUGCCCCACCGUGCUCAUAUAAAACCCUCCAACCGUAAAAAUCAGACCUGUGUUUCCAUGAUAUGCAUUCCUGUGAUUUCUACAGCAGCAGAACAAGAAUGUAUGAAUGAAUGAAGGAACGAUGGAGCAGGAAAGAGGAGGAGGAAGAAGUCUGCUCUCCAUUUCACACUCUGUAAUCAGGAAUUUGUUCCUUUAAAUGCCUCUGAGCGCCUUUGAACAGCUUCUGUGGAAAGUUGAAUUCACCGAAGUUUGAUAUCUGAUGAGGAGACGCCUUAAUCUGCCGGGAGACAGAGCUGGUGAAUAAAUUUGAUUUGCACAUCAAUAUCGAUUUCAGCCUGUUUCACAACCAGCUAGAAACUCCUUACAGGAGCUUUAAAAAACAAACACAUAUUCACCACAAUUUAAACCACCACAUUCGACCCGCUUUUCUCCUCCUGUCAGAAACUCGGUCAGCUGUUCAUCUGUGUUGUUUCUGUCUUAAUCUCACCCCUCAUGUUUUUCUUCGACUGUUGUUGUGAUUUACGACCGUACUCAAACCUCACACCACAACGACCGCCGGCACGCUCAUUUCAGCGUUUCAGCUCUCUGCAGCCUGUGAAAAAAACACGCUCAGUAACAUCCCAGCGAUGCUUCAACAACACGAGCUUCACCACAGUGUGAGCAGCAGUCCCUGAAACGCUCACACAUGCACACACAAACACUCUUUUAUAGGGGAGUGGGACGGGGUCCUGUGGGCUGUUUGGUUCAGGCUGUUUUGGAGGCUUUGUUGCCAGGGUGAUAGAGACAGUUUACCAAAAAUGUGUUCUAGAUGCCUUUGAUCAGAGCCAUAUCCAUAACAACAGCCUGUUCUUCAUAUUAACGUUCUGCUGUUGAAAAAUAACAGACUGGUUCAAUGGAAUGGUUCAGCGUGCCUUUGAUCAGAGCCGUAUCCAUAGCAACAGGUGUUCAUCAUAUUAAUGUUCUGCUGUUGAAAAUAACGGACUAGUUCGAUGAAAUGGUUCUACGUGCCUUUGAUCAAAGCCAUAUCUAUAGCAACAGCCUGUUCUUCCAAUCAAUAUUCUGCUGUUGAAAAAUAACAGACUGGUUUAAUGAAAUGGUUCUACAAGUCUUUGAUCAGAGCCGUAUCCAUAGCAACAGUCUGUUCUUCAUAUUAACGUUCUGCUGUUGAAAAAUAACAGACUAGUUUAAUGGAAUGGUUCUACAUGCCUUUGAUCAGAGCCGUAUCCAUAGCAACAGUCGUUCUGCUGUUGAAAAAUAACACUGUUUCAAUGGAAUGGUUCUACGUGCCUUUGAUCAGAGCUGUAUCCAUAGCAACAGUCUGUUCUUCAUAUUAACGUUCUGCUGUUGAAAAAUAACAGACUGUUUCAAUGGAAUGUCCAGAGACCAAUCAGAGUUGAGCAUUAACCCAGCUGUGUAAUGAUGUUUUUUUGUUUGUCUGCAGAUCGAGGAUGGAGGGAAGGCGGCGCUGUGCAAGAAGCUCAAAGUGGGUGAUGAGCUCAUUAACAUAAAUGGAUCCGCCCUCUACGGCAGCAGGCAGGAGGCGCUCAUCCUCAUCAAGGGGUCGUACAGGAUCCUGAAGUUGGUGGUCAGGAGGUAGGAAUCAUGUUCGCUCAUAAAUUAAAAAAGAUUUAUUCACUGUAUUCCCUCAUCAAACGGACGCAUGUUCGCUGCCAGUUGUUUCCUCCUCUUGAGUUUUUCUGCUUUGACUCACCAAAGGGAGUCAAAGGUGAGGGAGGAGACGAAAAAAGGAGUCGACUCGUGUUUUUCCUGGUCCAUUAGAAAUGUGCUAACCUGACAUGCAAACACACACACCAAGGCCCCCUGCUCAACAGGAAGUGACCUUUGACCCUCAGGGUGUUAGAAGGAAAGCUGAUAAGAACAGGGAGGAGUGAAUGUCUGGGAAUGUGGGUUGGUAAUCAUGUGGAAUGGCACUGGGAGGGACGCAAACAACAAGAGGACAACAAGAGUUUCAAUAAUGUAUCAAUAAAAAGAAACACCUCAAACUUAACCCCCCGCUGCAUGAAAUACUUGAUUCUGAUUGGUCGAAAUCCAAAAACAGGAGUAAAUCUCAAAAGAAAAGCAAGAUGCCUGGCAUGUUUCACCUUGCCUACAAGAAGAUUAUGGAAACCUAGAGAUGGUUUUAAGUGUGUCUUAUAUUCCAAAUGUUACGGUAAGUGAGUCCUGUGCUCCAAAUUUUACGGUAGUUUAUCGUAAUGGUGUUCCAUCUAAAAAGAUUUGGAUUAUCUCCAUUUUUAUUCACAACUUAUUUACAUAUUGACAGUAUUUAAAUCCAUGAACUCUGAACUCCAACAGUCAGGGGUGUCAUUGCCCCCCAGUGGACACAGGUGAAACUGCAGCACUUGCUCUGAAAGUCAAGUUUUUACCUUUUUCACCUUUUUAACCUUGUGUUUCGUCAUUUCUCUGCUGCCUUUGAGUCUAUAUGUUCCCGACUCUUUAACUGGACUCAGACUAAACUCCGGUAUGGAAUAAGUGAACGGUUCGAGAACAAUCUGACUCUGUCUCCUCGGACCGUUUCAGACAGCUGUUUGGCAGCAGCUCGGCCUGUUCUGGCUUUGAAACCAGAUCAGCCGUCCCAGCAGUCAGAGAGUUUUCCUGCUCCUGUUUCUGUUUCAGGAGAUGGGACCCCUGUCUAAUUCAGUUAGACCCACACAUAGACACAGAGGACAGUUACACACUCCCUUUCACACUCACAGACAGACAGCGGGACACAUAAACAGACAUGUAUGUGUUCAGGAAUGCUCUGCAUUAUGAGCAUGCCACCCAGUCGAGUCCACUGUGUGUGUCAGUGUCUGGUAUGUGCUGCAUGUCUGAGUCGGAGGGGUUUUCCCAACUCUGUGAGAGUGUGAGUGGGUCUGUGUGACCCGGUGGGAUUUGAAUGGAUGAGAGUGCCAAGUCAGCAAAGUGAACAUUAUGUAGCAAGCAGCUUUUCAUCAUUUAUUAACGAUCAAGAAAUCAAAGUUAAACUGAUUUCUUAAGAGUUUGGUGAACAUAUUUUUUAAUGAACAAAAUGAUGGAAAUGAUACGAGUCAGGAGGUCGUAGCAGGUGUUGAUUGGGACUUUACUGAAACUUAAAGGGAUAUUCCGGUGUAAAAUUAAUCUAGGGUCAAACACACUUUAACACCGAGUUGGACACCCCCCUUGAGAGAUGAAUGUUGUCGAUCGCUUACUUCUCCAGUUAUACCAACUUUAGUAACGACCGCACAAUAGCAAUACACAGCAGUCUGAGGAGCCAUAAACAAAUCUCAACCAAAACGCCACUCUAUAGCCACAAAUAAUGCUCAGAACAGCACCUAACUUCAUUAACAGGACAUAUAGGGUCACAGCCAUAGUACUAGACACCAAACAUCUUUCUAACUUUGACUAAUUUUUUUAGCAAAGAGAUUAAACACAACUCACCUACUCUCUUCCAGCAGCCGCUUGUUUGUAGCGAGACCUCAGGCCAGUCCAUUACCACAGCGGAGUUUCGCAGCUCAAGGAAGAACAUUUUUGACUGUUACUUUAUCAUUUCCUUGAAGUAAAAAUCAUCAUAUCAUUUUGUUUUGCAGACAUGGUAGUUCUUCUGCCUUAGCGUCUCGGUCUGAUUGCAUUUCCAUAAAGAAAUGAUCAUAAAUGUUCUUCCUUGAGCUGCGGCACCCCGCUGAAGUCCGAAAUGGACUGGUCCAAGGUCUCACUACAAACAAGCGGCUGCUGGAAGAGAGUAGGUGAGUUGUGUUUAGUCUCUUUGCUAAAAAAGUUAGUCAAAGUUAAAAAGAUGUUUGGUGUCUAGUACUAUGGCUUGGACCCUAUAUGUCCUGUUGAUGAAGUUAGGUGCUGUUCUGAGCAUUAUUUGUGGCUAUAGAGUGGCGUUUUGGUUGAAUGUGUGUUUUUAUGUGGUUAAUUCCCUCUUAAUGUCGACAUAAAUCUGUCAUUUAUACAUUUAAAAACAUCUUAACCCACUCAUGAAUUAAACUCACUUUGAUUGACACCUUUCAGAUGCUAAUAGCCGGUCUCAGCUUCAGUAUUUGGGUGGGUCCCCGCUGCACUUUGACCCAGACUGUGUGCCAGCCGGGUUUCCCCUCAUUAGCGCAGAAACAAGGAACCCUCUGGAAGGUUCUGUGGCGUCUGCUGCCAGACUUUACACAUACACACAGCUCGUUUAGGGGUGAUGAAACGCUCACGCUCGCCACACUUGGCUCUCGGUGUUUAGAUUUAACUGUGGAAAAAGCUGUCGGUCAAAAGCCAGAUGUCGUUACCACCUCGAUUCAAAAACACGCGAUUAAGAGCGUGAAAACUUUGUGACGUAAUUUUGGUUUUAAAUACAUUUUAAGUCGCCUUAUUGCUGUGGCACGUGUAAAGCUUCUUUGACCAACAGAUGAACGAAAAAGAGAGACAAUACAACAAUAAUAAAAAGUCGCAGUGGAAGCAGCUGUGCACCCCCUAGAGGUAAAGGAGGGUAUAACUGCCACAAAUCGGCACUGGUGCCAACUACAGGCAUGGGGCGGCAAAGUCCAGUUUAUUUUUACGCAUUAUUCCAAAUAAUGUGAUAUACGUUUGUGUAAAUUUUGGCCACUUGGGAGCGGUAAAACCAAGCCGGAAAAAAAAUAAAUAAAAAUUAUUCGAAAUUAUGUUAGUAUAAAGUUUUUGAUGACGGCGGUGCAAGGAAACGAAUAGAGAGCGUGUUGCAAUUAGCUAGAACGUAACACAACACGGAUAAAGAAACAAAAUCAACACUGCCACCUAGUGGUCAGGAAUUUAGUCACAACCUUUACCACAGAUUCUCGGAUGUUGACGAACUUUUGGUUCCAAUCUGAAUUUCGCCCUUGUGAAGGUUUUCUUGGGGUGUCCCGAUACGACUUUUUUACUUCCGAUACAAUACCAAUAUUGUACCCUUUAGUAUUGACCGAUACCGAUAUUGAUCCGAUUUUGGCACAAACUUGUCUUUUUCGGAUUUUAAAGAAAAAUACUGCCCCAGGACAUCACUCCUACUUCUUGCUACUUUGUUAGUAUCUUAGUUCACACUGUUGUUGCGAUUUCGUGGGAUCUUCAAGCUGGAGUGUCGGAGUGGAGUGCUUGUAUCGGAGUGCUGAUAUUGAAGACUUUCGAUGCAUAAUCCGAUAUUUGUCUUUUGGCCGAUAUCCGAUAUCAAUAUCGUAAUGGGACAGCCUGAGUUUAAACUGUGCUAUUCUCACAGUUAGUUUCUUGAAAUCCAAGGCAUGGAACAUCAGCACCAAAGGUUCCCCCUCGUACAUUUCCUGACUUUCGUAGCUCCGUUUAACGUGAAACACCAGGCGCUUGUCUAAAUCCUUCGCCAAUCAUCGUUGGAAUUAUAUGACUAAACUCCUGUCUCAUUAUUCCCUGUACUUACUUCUGGUUCCCUCUUCACCCGAUUAUCCACGAUGGCUGCCUGCCAAACAGUUUCUGCCAAGCUUCUGGGUAUGUUUUUCAUACGUGUUAUUACAUCUGUGUGGACAAGCAUUUCACUAAGUGUCUGUAAUUUGUGUAAGUGCCUCCUCUGUUAUUCUAAGCUCAAUUAAAAGUCACUAAAUCGAACUUGAGAGGGGCAGCAGCUACUAUUUCUGUUACCCAGCGCGCCGGUCUCGGACUCUCCGGGAAACGACACCAGGGUUCCCCCUGUACAGUACUCCACUUUACAGCAGGAGACCUUGAGAAUAAAAGGUCUUCUUUACCGAGGGAACCAGCUUGGAAAAUGUUCAUAUUCAAGUUAAUUAUAUGAUGUAAACGCAGAGGAAGGAAAUGAGGAGCUGGCGAGGAGAGUUGGUGAAAAUGGUGCUUUUGUGUAGAUCUUAUGCUAAAGUUUGGCAGUGAAAGUUUGAAAAUGGAGGCAUGUAGGGGAUUAAAAAAGAGAGUAUUGUUUCUGACAGGUUUCUGCGACAUUAAUGAAGAGUUGUGUAAGACAGGAAAUGAAAAAACAUUUGAGUCUCAUGUUUUUUGACUCCUCCAAGGAUGGAGUUUAACUCUCUGAUCCUUGUCCAAACAUUUCUGCUUCUCCUUCAGUUUCUGUAUCAUCCAUUGUUCGGUCUUUUCCCCUCGGUGUUUCACAGCAUUGUCUGAAUAAAAUACAUUCGAUUGAGACUCUCUGUAUUGUCCGGUGCUGCUGAAAGCAGAGCUGGCCCUUCAGGCUAAAUUUGUCCAACCACAGGAAUUUACUGGGCAGCCCAGCGGUCGAGUAAAAGAAAGAGACAGCAGUGUGUUUGGAUCUGUUCGACUUUAAAUUCAGGAGAGAUGCUUUAUGGGCUUUUUAACAGGCAGAGUGAUACUAAAAAGAGACCACAAUGCCAUAAAGUUGUGUUUUAUUUUCCCCCUAAUCAAGACAUCUACUGUCUUAAAGAUUGGACCCUGUACCCUGACACAAAAACAGAAGCAAAAACAGCAACAAGCUUUUUGUUUUUGUUACCAGAAACGGCUAUUUUAGGUGGUAGUUUGACUUUAAAUAGCAGCAAGAGGACAGUAUUAGUCUGAAAACCUCAGCUGAAAUAUGAAAACUGAAAACUUACAUGUGUGUUUACCCUCUCCUCAACUCUAUACAUGCAAGAUGAGACAACUUACUGAAAAUAGAGCUUUUCCCCCUUUUUUAAUUCAUGUACAUUUCCCUAAAAUGUCAGGUUUUUCAGUGUAAACACAGUGGAGUUCUUCUGAUGUGUAUGGUGGGUUAGAAAGGAGGUCUAGAGGUGCAAAACGGCCACCUGUAGGUCUGGAGGGAAAAAAAAUAUGAGUAAAUUUUGGCUCACAGUGCUAAAAAUGACUAAAAACCAUCAAAAGAUAGCAACAACAAAAGUUAAAAACACUUUUGUUUUUUUAUAAUAAUAAUAUAUUAAAAUUUAUUAUAUUAAUAUAUAUAUAUUUUAUACAUACAUACUUUUUUAUAACAAAAAUGAUUUUAAUAUUUUACUUUUUUUGGACAAAAGUUUGAGCAAAAUAAACAAAAACAUGACAUCAUUUUUGCUAAAAGUUUCUGAAAAAGUUUCAAAUUUAUGAAAGUUUGAGAAGAUUUCAUUUGCAAGUUUCCCAAAAUUUCCCAAAAUAACUGCGGUUUUCUCGAGGAUUAUCAAAUUUAUGACUAUAUAUGCUGCAAAAAAAAAAGAACUCACUAAAAGUUCCAUCAAUUAAAAAAACACAGGAAAAAUUUUAAUCUGAUCGUUAAUCUCAUCAGAGUUGUUUCACUUUUCCCAAAAUCUUUCAGGUUUAUAAUCGUUGUUGCAAAAUAACCUUACCAACACAGCAUCACCUCCUUUAGGACUUGAGUGAAAUAUCCAUUUUCAGAUUAUAUUCUCAGAUUCCACAAAUUUUGGACAAAUUUACUCUCGUUUUUUUUUUUUUUUUUUUUUUUUUUUCCACAAAAAUAUUCAUAUUUUUUUUCAAGUUUCUGAAAAAGGUUUCCCAAAAAUUCUUGAAAAUUUCCAGAACUUUUUUAAUGUUUUAAAGUUAAAUUGUUAUAAUAGUCUUAACUGACUAACUUUGGAUGCCUACAUCAAAAACACUGGAUCUACAUACUUGCAGUGGCAUUGGUACUUUCGUUUUUAUCGUCUGUUUUGCUGAGAACUCAGUGACCUUUUUUUCUAACCUUUGUUAUCACACAAUGAACAUCUCUUAAAACCUUUUACGGCGUUUGAAGCGACUCAUGAGUUUUCCAGCAUAUUUCUGGACAGGAAGGAAUGUCAGGGAUGUUUUGUUGGCUUGACCUGGAAAUGUUUCCUCUAUAGUACUUCCUGUUUUCACCGACCCUUUGUUAGAUCUAACUGUACACACUGUGUGUGUUGUGUUUUAGUGUGUGUUGUGUUUCUCUCGGCGGGCAGCCGUGAAAGAGGCAGGAGGACAUUCUUCAACUUUGGCAUCAUUUCCUGUUCUUCCCAAAGUUCCCCCCUCCGCUUCCCGUCCACCUUGGACCUUAAUGUGCCGGUGAAAUUGGUGUUUGUGUGAAACGAGGAGACGGCUUUAAUGGGAACUGGACGAAGACCAAACAGUUUAUUUACUGAUAAUGAUGGGACAGGAAAUGGUGCUUUAGAUACAGGUGUGGUUACAGGAGUUGAAACUGUGAGGAGAGUUCAUUUCUGGAGAUAUAGAAUGUAAACUUGGCUAAGAGAAAAUUCCAAAACGAGAAUUUGCCAAAAAAUUCCAAAAAUUGAAAAAGAAUUCCUUCAUUUAUUUUUUUUUAAAGAGUCCAGCUAAAAUUUCUGAAAAUUUGAAAAAUCACUUUAAAACAUAAAAGAAUGUUUCCAUCAAUAUGCAGAGGUAAGUUUUUGACAGUUCCAUAAAAUUCAGUAAAAAGUUUUGAAAUUUUUAAAAAUGAGUAUUUCCUAAAAAAUUCCAAAAAUAGAAAAAAAAUCCAUGUUUUUUUCUGUUUAAUAGUCCAGCUAAAAUUUCUGAAAGUUCUUAAAAGCACUUAAAAACAUGUCUGAAUGUUUCCAUCAAUAUUCAGAGAAAAAAUGUUGACAGUUCCUUAAAAUUCCAGUAAAAGUUCUGAAAAUUCCAAAAUGAGUAUUUCCAAAAAAUAAUUCCAAUGAUAGAUAAAAUCCAUGUUUUUUGUUAAGGUGUCCAGCUAAAAUUUUUGAAAAUUCUUAAAAUCACUUUAAAAACAUGUCUGAAUGUUUCCAUCAAUAUUCAGAGGUAUAUUCAAUAUUCAGGUUAAAGUAAAAAAAAAAAUCUUGAAAAGUUGAAUCAAAACUUUUACAUUUUUAAAAUUAUUUCCUGUGUAAAACAAUCUAGGUUGAAAGGGUGUCAAAGUUUUCUCUUGGUCUGGUUCAGGUCUGAAAUUUAGCAAAAACAGGUGUCUGUAACAAAGUAGAACUCAGAGUUUUUGACAUUUUUUACUAAAUAUAUUUAACCUAAACAAAUCAGAUGAGUUUUAUUUCAAACUAAUGGAGUCUUAUCUCUUUGAACGAUGUUUCCAUGUCAUUAAAAAGUUUCAGCUGUUUGUAAAAAGUAAGGUGAAAAGAUUAAAUCCCAGAAAACAACAACAAACAGCUGAAAUCUGUCAGUAGCAAAUCAAAACAAACAUUUUCUAAAUAUUUGGGGUUGAAUAGAAUCAAAGCGGCGGAUUUCAAACAGACCGGUCUGAAGCGAGAGUCGUGGCAGAGUGGAAACGUUUACAGCAGGAGGAGCAAACAAAGGAAAUUAAAAGGAUAAUUAGAAGAGAGGCUGAAUCAUGUUUGAUGUUUCUGACGGGAUAAAGAGGACUUUAUGAUGAAGCGCUUUCAUCCGAACUCGCUCUGUGAUGUCUGCUGCUAAAACGAGUAAACAUUUAUUUUUCUAAAGGCUGGAUGAAAGAGAGAGAGGAGGAGAUGAAAAGAAGGAGGCAGAGAAAGACAAAAGAGUCAGAGGGUGACUUCUUAUGAACUUUUUUUGAUGUGUUUUAUGGAGUAGGAAAUUAUCAGGAACUUUCUUUCCCCCUAGAGUCAAACUUUUCUUUAGUUUCUUUAGAUUUUUAAUACUUAUUCCAUGAUUGGGGUCGGGGUUUAAAAACCAUUCAAAGGCUUGAAAAAAGACAAAAAAAUGUCUUAAAAUUAAACCCUGAAUAAACUUUGAGUACAGAACUUAAAGGGAUAUUCUGGGGUAAAAUUAAUUUACGGUCAAACACACCAUAACACCAAGUUAGACACCCCUGUCAAGAGAUGUUGCAGAUCGCUUGCUUCUCUAGUUAUACCAACUUCAGUAACGACCGCACGAUAGCAAUACACAGCGAUCUGAGGAGCCAUAAACAAACCUCAACCAAAAUGCCACUCUAUAGCCACAAAUAAUGCUCAGAACAGCACCUAACUUCAUCAACAGGACAUAUAGGGUCCCAGCCAUAGUACUAGACACCAAACAUCUUUUUAACUUUGACUCAUUUCUGUAGCAAAGAGACUAAACACAACUCACCUACUCUCUUCCAGCAGACGCUUGUUUGUAGCGAGACCUCAAGCCAGUCCAUUACGGACUACAGCGGGGUUUCGCAGCUCAAGGAAGAACAUUUAUGACAUUUCCUUGAAGAAAUAAUCAUCAUAUUAAUCAUUUUUCUCUGCAGACGUGGUAGUUCUUCUGCCUUAGCGUCUCGGUCUGAUUGCAUUUCCAUGAAGUAAUGAUCAUAAAUGUUCUUCCUUGAGCUGUGAAACCCCGCUGUAGUCCGUAAUGGUCAUUACUAAAGUUGGUAUAACUAGAGAAGCGAGCGUGUCUAACUCAGUGUUACGGUGUGUUUAACCAUUACUUAGAUUUACGCUGGAAUAUCCCUUUAAUGGAAAGUUUUUAGGUUGCAAAACUUGUUUCAUAAUUUGAUCACAUGACUACAAAUUGGUAGAAAGUCCCUUCUGAUAUCCAUAAUCAGCCUCCACCUGCCUCCUCCUCUUCUUCCUCGUCUCUGUUUCUGUCCUCAGUUUUGACUCUUGAGCUGCUUCAGCAGUGCUGCUCAAUUUCACAGUUUGCUUGUUCUCGCUCAGUUGAAACGUUUGUUUUCAUCUGUUUCCUGGAAGAGUUCAUCCUCCUCUUCAUCGUUUCUCUCUCUCUCUCUGUGCGCACUCGCUGGAUUCUUCAGCGCUUCUCUUGUUUUUUCUCGUUAGCCGGCGCUUGUUUUAGACCGCUGCGUGCACGCACACACAAAAACACUCAUAUGAUUGUUUGGAGCUGGACCGCAGCAGACAGAUUGAUGGGCACACACACACAUAAACACGCUCGCACACGCACACACAUCCCGUUGUUUAGACUUUUUGUACCACAGGGUCCCCAGAGACCGGGGCAGGACUGAGGUCUGUGGUGCCAAGAGCCAUGAAACACAAUAGUCUGCCCCCCAUCACUCCUUCCCAAAGUGAACAAUGGACAUUCCUCGCAUUCUUCCAGACCUCUUCCUCACACACACACACACACUUAUAAACACACACUUGAAUAGAGCAUCCUGGGUCUGAUUAGACCUCUGACUGUAAAUGACUUCAGCUAUGAUGCCGUUCAGGGUGAAUUAUGGACGCUGUGGACGGAGAAGUAUGAAACUCUGCGUUUUUGUGUUAAAUUAGAGUUUCAUAACUUCUUCUGCUGGAACAGGAUGGACAAAGAUGGAGGCGGGGUUUCACCCCAGAGCUAAUGGAGUGAGUUCACGAGGUUGGCAGUUCAUCGAGGUGAUAAAAAGAACUGAGAUACUCAGUCUACCCAGAUGUGGAGGUGAUUCACCUGCAUUCUUGUUUUUUAAUGGCCCUAACUUAAUUAGCAUGCUAAGCUAAAAGAGAAAGUGACCAUAUCCAGUUUUUACUGAACUUAAUAGUAUGAUGGAGGGUAACUCACAAGGAUGGUGUCUAUUAGGACUUUUUAUAUAUUAAUCAAUCUUCAUGGGUGGAGAAAAAUCUCAUUUUUUACAUUUCAGUGUGGCGUAGUGUGCUGUAUCUUAUGGUAUCAUGUUGUAUCAUGCUUUUCAAAUCGUAUCAUAUCAUACCAAUUGUACAGAUCAGUCCUACAGUUCGUAUCGUAUUGUGCCGUCUUGUACUGUAUCAAUCCUAUCGUAUCAUUAGGGAUGUCCCGAUCCGAUAUUGAUAUCUGAUAUCAGUCUGAUAUCAGCAAAAAAACAAAUAUAGGAUUAUAUCGGCUUGCAUCUAAAAUCGCCAAUAUCACCAGUCCGAUACAAGCAGUCCAUUCCAGACUCCGCUCCGGCACCUCUAGCUAGCAGCGCCCGGAUCUAGCAUGCAGAGCCCACAAAAUCACAACAACAGUCGAAGGUACUAACACAGUACGAAGGAGUAGGAGUGAUAUCGGCGGUGUGGCAGUAUUUUUUGUUAAAGUCCGAAAAAGAUGUUGCAGCUGAGUGAAAAACUUGUCAUGCACAAUUUUGUGCCAAUAUUGGAUCGAAUUUGUUAUUGACCGAUAUCAAAGGCGACAAUAUUGGUAUCGUAUCGGAAGUAAAAAAAGUUGUAUCGGGACACCCCUACAUAUCUUAUCAUAUGGUAUCGUAUUGAUUGUAUCAUAUCGUACCGUACAUAUUGUACUGUGGAGUCUUGUAUAAAUAGUAUUGUUUUGUAUCAAUCCUAUCAAAUCAUAUUGUAUCAUAUCGAUCGAAUCGUAUCGAUCGAAUCGUAUUAAUCGUAUCGUAUCAAUCAUAUUGUAUUGAUGGGGUUGUAUCGUAUUGUAUUGAUCAUAUUGUAUCGUUAAGUCUUGUAUAAAUGGUAUUGUUUUGUAUCAAUCUUAUUGUAUCGUCUUGAUUGUAUCGUAUUAUAUAUAUAGUAUUGUAUCAUAUUGAUUAUAUCGUAUAGUAUCAAUCGUAUCGUAUCAAUCAUAUUUUAUUGAUUGUGUCGUAUCGUAUUGUAUCGAUCGUAUCGUAUGGUACAGUCUCGUAAAAAUUGUAAUGUUUUGUGUCAAUCUUUUUGCGUCAUAUGUUAUCGUAUUGAUCGUAUCAUAGUGAUCAUAUCGUAUUAUAUAAGUUGUAUCCUACUGAUUGUAUCGUAUCGUAUUGUAUUGAUCAUAUCGUAUCGUGCAGUCUUGUAUAAAUUGUUUUGUUUUGUACCAAUCUUACUGUAUCAUAUUGAAUCGUAUUGAUGGUAUUGAUUGUAUCGUAUCGUAUCGUGUGUUUUGUUGGCAGGUUAAAAAUUCUGGAUAUUUCUCGUCUAAUCUCUUAAACACACCAAAGACAAACAGAUGUAAUACAAGCGUAGAGUGGACAAGUGAGGUUACAGAGUUCAGAGGUCUCCCCUCUCUCUCUCUCUCUCUCUCUCUCUCUCUCUCUGUUGUGUGCAUCCGCAGUAAUAUAUGUGUGUACAUUUCUACGUAGGUGAGUUUGUCCUCUAUGCGUGUGGUCCGCUUCGGUUUAUCUGUCUCCUCUGGCCUGGAUUUUAUUAACCGGUCCAUUAAACCGCAACUCCAUGAUACAUGACACUGCCCUGACUCCCUUCUUAAACACACUGACACAAAACUACACACACACACACACACUGAGAUGGACACAAAUUCCUUGAGGCCAACUUGGGCACACACGUGUUAAAAAGAUGUGGAACCGGGGCGUUUGGUAUCAUCACAGUAAAUCAGAGGUGUCCAGAAAGAGAGAGAGAGGAGGGGGCGGGGCAUAAAGCUCUGAGAAGACAACACAACAGGGCGCAAUAAGAUAAGACACACUACACUUCAAUGCAAUCUUGUUUUUAUCACUUAAAACUUGAUCUGAGCUCCGAUCGUUUUUCUAAAAGUCUCACAUUCAAUCCCUAAACAGACUAACAGACUAAAGAAGGAGCUGUCGAACAGGAGGAAUUACCGCCGCCGCACCGAUGAUUUAAAACAGAUUAUAAAUCCUCCUACAGUUAAACUAACAGAACGAACGUGCUGUUCUCAAGCCCGGGGAGCAAUAUGUUCACAUUUAAUUAAAGUUUAAAACACAGCGGGGAUUAAAAAACACUUCAUCUGUGUUCGCUUUCUGUUUGAGAGCUGCGAUCAUCUCGGUUAUUACUCUGAUUUAUUAUCAUAAUUAGAUUUAAUAGUUUGGUUGGACGGGGAAAUUAUGAUCUUUGGGGGUUCGGCAGCUGAGGAAAUGUUUUUUGAGAAGUGUAAAGAAGAUAAAAAAUAUUCAAGCUGGAGAAAAACAGAAAGUCAUAUGAAUAUUUUAUAAGAGUGAAGCUGUCACAUGAUGAGAUCUGAAUUAGUCAGGAACAUUAAGAGGUCGUCCUCAUCGUGGGAAAAUCACUGAAAUGAUGGGAACUGACUUCAUCCCUGAAAAAGACGAUUGUUUAAAGGUGAAGGAUUUGUAGUUUUUAUAGAUGCCUCACAUGGUUGUCGUUGACGUUUAUUUGCUGCUAAAUGAUAAAUCAGCUUCGUGAUGGUGGGUAACCCCCAAUUUCCACCGCAUCCAGAACGGCUACGAAAAGAGAGUUUGUUUAUUUACAUAACGGACACAGGGUCGUAAAAUACGGUUAUUAAACGGGUACAUAAACUCUAAACUCUGUGGCCUGCCUGAACUAACACUACAUCCAACCCCCAAUUUCCACCACAUCUGGAACGGCGACGAAAAGGCAGCACCCGCCGAUCAUAGCUGAUCGUAAACCAUUCAAGUUAACGUGUCAAUUUCCACCGGCUUCUUUCCGUUCCGCUGCGGAUCGCCGGACUCCACAGCUGAUCGCAAGAGUUGUAGGGUUUUAGGGUUUAAGGUUUAUAGACAGAUGCUGAUUCUAGAAGUCUAGACGUAGAUUUCCUCCUCUGGAAGGACACAUUCUACUGCUUUCAUGGUUAGCCUACGUAGCUAACGACAACUCUUAUCGCGCGUGAAUCCACGGGUUCUUGUGAGUUCUUGCGAUUCCCGGUGUCCAUAACCCCCACAUAAAAUUCGCUUCACAAUCGGAUCCAGUAGGAAUUGGUGGAUGGUGAAUGGUGUUCCGGAUCCAAGCCGUGGAAAUCCCGGGUCUUCUUCAUCCUGGUAAAACCACUGAAAUGAUGGGAACUGACUUCAUCCCUGAAAAAGACGAUUGUUUAAAAGUGAAGGAUUUGUAGUUUUUAUAGAUGCCUCUCAUGGUUGUCGUUGACGUUUAUUUGCUGCUAAAUGAUAAAUCAGCUUCGUGAUGGUGGUGGGUAAGGCUGGUGGUGUAAGCAGGGAGUUCUCCAACAGCUGGUCCAACUUGAUUCAGUUUGGUCCGACAGGUCUACACAAGUCCUGGACUUGGACUUGGGUUUUUUUUCUCCAGCUCCUCCCGGGAGUCUGUCAUUGAAUCGUUGUGUCUCAGCUUCCAGCAGGAAUAAAAGGUACAUAUAAUGUUCUGUAGCAGCAUCACUUAGAGUGUUUUUGACAGUUUGAUGAAAUAAAUAGCCACUCCGACUACACACAUACACACACACUAACACACACACAAACACACACACUGCAAGGGGACGGAGCGUUAACAAACAGUACAUUGUGCUGCAGAUGCUUAAAGCGGGUUUCACCCUUCCUGCCAUGGACCUCUGGUAUGAGCCUAGUCUCACUGUACUGAUUACCUGGUAUUUAAAACUCUGUGUGUAUGUGUAUAUGUGUGUGUGUGUAAGCAUGUGUGUGUAUCCACAUGUGCAUAUGCAGUAAACGCAUGUCCGCAAAAGCAUGUGUGUCAUUCAGAAAUCCGUAAUGGAGGGUGAUAAGAGUCGACAAACAGGGGUCUGAUUGCAUACACACACUCUAACACACACACUUACACACACACACACACACACACACACACACAGAACCAUAAAGCAAACAAAUAGCUCCUGAUUGCAGGGGGACACAAAGGGAAACGGGGGGGAGGAAGAGGUGAGGUUGUUUAGGCUUUCUGACAUAGUUAACCCCUCACCCUUUGAAGGGAAGACAGGGAAUGUCAGGAAUCUGCUCACAUGCAUGUAUAUAACUCACACACACACACACACACUCACACACACACACACACUCAGGUCUAUAUGGAGUCUGCAGGAGAUGUAGGUCUUCAGGAAAUCCUUUGAAGCCCGCUGAGGGCCUCAUGUUAUUAAGCGUCUGCUGUUGUGUGGUUGGUUAAACUUCAACACCGCUAAUGUGGGACACUCACACCUCAGGGUGUUUGCUCACAGCGGUCCAAGUCUGGUCCAAAUAUCAGACCGAGCGGGGACUCUGAUACAAGCGAAGUGGACUGACGGGGGAGGAGAAAAGUCACAUGCAGAUUUUAUCAGCCGGAGCAAAUAGAUUUUAAAUCCAAAGACUGAAACCACAGAGUUGAAGUGGACGUGUUUUUUUAUCUGCUGUGCACAAGUUUGUCCACCUACAGUAAACGUUUAACAUCAGACCAUGAGCUCAUAAAUGAAAAAUUAAACUCUCAGACCCAGAAGUUCCUCCGUUGAACACCUGCUCUGAAUGUCUUUAUAUCUUCGCUGUUAUCAGCUGUUAUCAGGACCAUUAACUGAGUCCAGACAAGGCCACCUGCUCUUACUACUGGGCCUAAACGGGCAUAAUGAUCCAUUGUUAUCAACAGUUUAGAGGGAAAUGUUGACUUAUGUCUGUCGUCAUGGAAACUACCGUUAUCGUCAUUCCACAGGGACUGAUGAAACGUUACGAGACUUUUGUCUUUAUCGUAGAAAACAUUUGAAACGUCCUGCUAUCGCAGGUGGAAUAUCGAUGCAGUGUUGUCGUCAUGGUAACAGUGGUUGUAAGCCAGACUUCUGUUGUUGUGUAAACAGUUAUCGUAAACAUCCAUGAUUCCAAGAGGAAUGCUGCUAGACCGUUGUCGUCGUGGUAACAGUUGUAAUGUUGCGUUCCAGUUACCUCGGAAGUCGGAUGUUGGAGCUGGAAAUUACGUUACACCUGAGUUGACGACGUUCCAUUAAACAAGUUGGAAAACCAAGAUGGAUGCCUUCUGUUAGCCAUUGUUAGCUGUUGUUAGCGGUUGUCAGUUGUUGUUAGCGGUUGUCGGUUGUUGUUAGCGGUUGUCUGUUGUUGUUAGCAGUUGUCGGUUGUCAUUAUCCAUUUUCAGUCAUCGUUAGCCAUUGUCAGUUGUCGUUAGCAAUUGUCAUUUGUUGUUAGCAGUUGUCAGUUGUCAUUAGCCAUUGUCAGUUGUUGUUAGCAGUGGUCAGUUGACAUUAGCCAUUGUCACUUGUCGUUAGCAGUUGUCACUUGUCGUUAGCGGUUGUCAGCUGUUGUAAGUUGUCGUUAGCAUUACUAGUUGUAAACCUCGCAUAACACAGUAUUUUACUCUUACAAAUCCAUCUUGGAUUAUGAUGUUGUUGUGAAGUCGGGGUUGGUGGGGAUUGUCCGACUUCCAGAGCUGGAAAUCCGACGUCAGAGCUCGGAAUUUCCAACUUCGGAUUACAACUGUAAUGCAGCAUUAUUCGGACGUAAAGAAAUAAAAAACUAAAAUAAAAAAUAAAUAAACAUUCAUGAUUCCAAGAGGAAUGUAGCUUGACUGUUGUUGUCAUGGUAACAGUUGUAACAGUUUGACAUUUGAAAGCAGAAUGUUGCUGGACUUUUGUUUCUUAAUAGCUUCUCUCAUGAGCGUUUAAGUACAUUUCAUUUAAACGCUUUUUACUUAAAGCUCCUGUGAGUUUUUUUUUUUUUUAGUUUAUAAAAUGGACUGAAAUUCAUACAGCUGUAUUUUUACGACAGCAAACAAGACCAUGACAAUUUAAUACUGUAACUUUUCAAGAGCCGCAAAGACAACUUUGUCCACAGGGGGCGCCAAAACUGACACAAAUGAAAAGUUCCUCAUAGGAGCUUUAUGUAAAUCCACAGAUUUGUACUUUUACUUCCUCAAAGUUAAUCUUUGUUAAAGCAAAAGUACUUUAAUUAAAAUACAAAGUGUUCAGGUUUGCAUUAAAGUCUGAGACCGGAGCUUUCCGCUGGUAAAUCAAAGAUAAAACAGCCCCCAAACUCUAAAAUCUGAACCCAGAUUUAGUUGAUAUUAAAUCACCUCCCUUCAGUGCAAUCCCAUUUAAAAUGUCUGAUAAAACUCCUGCCUGAAAGCCGACACAAGCCGAACUUUAACGUCCUGUACGAGUGAUCACGGAUUGCAGGACAAAGUUUUAGUGACAUUCAGAGUCGGAUACAUUAAAAUAUGAUCUGCAUGGUAAUAAAAUCCAUGUUGAUGAUAAGGAAGGUGGUGAAUGUGAAGUAUUCACGUGUCCCUCCUGUUAAACCAUCGCCUCCCCUCAUUGUUUUCGUCCAUAAUUAGUCCUCGGACUCCUGGAUCUCCCGCCGACCUCCCAUCAUCAUCUCUUACACUCCCCCGUCUUUCACCACAUUUUGUUUUCCUCGUCUCUCUGCCAAAGUGAAAAAGCCCCCUUGUCUGUCCAGCGGUCUCGCUCUGCUUUCUUUGCUCUUUCCAUCUCUUUUUCAUGCUCUGCAAACACACAUGCAUGUUAAACACACACACACAUGUAUAAGGAGGAAGUACCUCUGCAUUUUUCCCCCCCUGUCGAACAAUAACACUGUGAAACUCUGGGUAUUAUUUUAGCAGCCGUCCACCACUUUAUCUGCUCUCCACAAUACUUCCUCUCCCACUGACUCACACAUCCUGCCUGGGAGGGGGCGAGCGAGGCUAGUGGAGAAUCAGACGAGAAGAGAGAGAGAGAGAGGGAGAGGGAGAGAAAGAGGGAGGGGGUGGGAGAGAGAGAAAUGUAGAGUGAAGGAGGGAGAAAAAGUCGUGUUUGUCUCCCAGUAAGAAGAGUGAGGGAAGGAGAGAGAGAGAGGGGAUGUGAGGAUCGUCGGGUGGUCAGAACCUGUUGCUCUUCAUGUGGACAUCAUCUCCUCAACGUUUUCCACCAAGUCUCAGAUUCUCCGGACUUCAUAAAACCUGGUCCUGCUUUAGAUCUCAACUGGUUUAAGGUUAGAGAAGAAGAAGAAAGAAGAAAGAAGAGUUUGAAAACUUUUAGGGAUUCAUCUUGAAGAUUUUUCGAGGAAAUUCAAGGAGUUUCUUUUACGUGAGCGCAUCUGAUCUUGGACUCUUGGAAUCAGGGAUGCUCGGACCUGCUCUGGGAUCAGUUUGACAGCUGAUGCUUCCGUCUGCGGAGUCUGGUAGGUGUGAAACUUCUGCGUCUUUCCUGAGGGUCAAGUCCAGUUAGAAAAGAUGUUUCGUCUAGCUUUGAAGAUUCACCUUGUUGAACUUUUGCCACAUAGGAAUGAAAAUCUGAGGCUUUCGCUAAGUCAACAGUGGCCAUGCUUUCAUCUUCUUCCUGAACUCUUUAAAAUCCCUCUGCCUUGUUUCGUUUCGUGAAUCGUAAAAGUUCCCGUCCUCGUCUUUGUUUUUAAUGCUCAGAUCGACUUGUCUGUCUGUUGCACUGUACUGAGUCUGUGUGUGUGACUGAGAUUAUGCGCGUUGACCUUUGCGGUAUCAGUCAGCUGUUGCAGUUUCUGACCAUUAAGUGGGACAUUCCAGCCGAUCCUUUCAGAGAGGCUCUUUCAGAGCUGCAGGACGGAGAAUUUAUAAUUUCUCGGCCUUUGACAGCCGUCAGGACUCUGCCGCUCUUCUUCUUCUGUUUCUUGUUUUCCCCCUUUAUCCCCCUCUCUCUCUUUUUCUAUUUUUACAAACAUCAAUAACUCAGGUUGGUUGCGAUUGCUGCAAAGGUGGUCAAUUUUCUCGUUAUCUCUCAUCCGGGACGUGCCGUCUUGUCUCAUAUGCCAACAAAUUUUUUCAGGAACCUUGAUUCAUGUGAGUCCUGUUUGCGUGUUGCUCCACAUUGAGCCAGAAAACUGGGUUACCGUGUCAGAAACAGGAAAGGAGGGGAUAAAGAUGUUAUCAGCUCGUACAGUUAAGCCGCAUUUCAAGCAAAAGUUCCACAUUGUUGAGUUCAAAGAACUUUCCUUCAAGGAACCAAGUGGUUUUCGUGGCCCUUGCUGUUGUCAGCACUUCCACCAUGGCCUUGAGUUUGAUGUAGAUUACAUAGAUCAUGAUCCAGAACCGAUCCAGGAUGGUUAUUCAGUACAUGAAACCACGGCUUCCAAGGCAUCCACGGCAAAGGUCACCGGACCUUCAGAAAGCACCUCCAGAACGGGGACUUUUCAAGAGAUCGAUCAUUUACCGCAGAGCUAAAUUUAGACCUCUAAAUGCGCGUUAUUGAGUUCCUUCCUCUUUAAUGCGGUUCAGUUUCAGUUUCCCAGAUCGAAGCUCAACAUGAGAGCUGAAAAAUACCCUAAAACCCACCAGAUUCAUCCCAUUUUUGAGUAGGAUAUCUUGUUCUUCCAGAUUCCCCUGACUCCUGAUAUCAUGACUUUGCGCCCCCUUGUCAGGCAAUCCUCAGUUUUGUGGGAUUCAUGAUUGCUGACCCCGGUUAAACACUCUUUGCUUAUUUGGUCUCGCAGUACUUUCCCUCUUUCCCCUGCGUGAUCAGCUUUCCUUAUCACAUUCUCGUUUCCAAACUGUGUGUUCGCCAUCGCUCUUUUGUUCCUGUCGUACUCCUUGGCGUUGGCGUCACAUCGUUUAUUUUCUAUUUCGCGGUCAUCAAUCUCUCAGAGCUAAACUCGGAGGAAAGAGGAGGUGGUGGCGGCGAGAGGGGGGGUCCGCUCAUGUUUGUGGUGGGCUUCCGUAAUGGUAUUUCGUCUGGUGGAGUUUGGAUAGUUCCCACACAUAAUCACGCUCGCACACACAUACAGGGACACACACACACAUAAACUUUCUCAGGGGAUAAUUUAAGGACAUUGUCAGCGAAGUUGAACAAUCAGUGGGCUCAGAUAGAAAUCCCUCUUAAGGAGCCAGGACCAGGAAACAAGGGUGUUUAUUUUGGAAAUGGUUCCGCAGCUCCUGCUUUAUCAUAAACAAUAAUACUCAGAAACGGUCCUUUCCUUUCCCGAGUCGUGCCAGGAUCUGCAUUCCUCUCCUAAAACUGUACCUCCAUCCAAAGUUCCCCCCGAAAUACCCCAAAUAGUCUCCUCUUACAGUUCUAGACUUCCAAAGUGAGGCAAUCGACCAAAAAGACCAGAGGAUCAGACUGUUCCACUAGACCUGAUCACCUUGGCCUGUUACCAUCGACACAAACAAGUCCGAUCUGAGAAAAUUUAGAGGAUUCUAUCAUGUGUUGGUGAGUUUUGUCGAGUAGAUCAUCAGGUAGACAUGUCUUGACAAGUCUCAAGUCAAUCGAGACUGGUUCAACUCACAGAAGUCUAGAAAAGUCUAAUGUCAGUCAGGACAAGUCCAAGCUAAAACUGAGACUUCUUAAAUAUCCGAUCAAAAACAAGAUGCCAAAAUCGACUUUAAACUCAGGGAAAUAUCGAGUCCACGAAAACCUGCCUGGGUAAGAGGACUCUUUUACGUCCUGAAUCCAUCAACACAAGUUGGACUAAAGUUUGAGUGUUGAACGGUGUCAUUUCAGUUCAGACAAACCAAGUCGGUAAAACUUGGGGCAAGAGUGUCAAACCUGACGAGUCAAAGUUGAGUAAAAAUCUUGUAAAUAUCAUCCGAGUCAAAGAAAACCUAAAAUUGUGCUUGGUCAAAAAAACCUGUCUUUAACAUCUAAAACUUGUCGAGUUACGUCAAAGUGUCUCUAAGCCGAGUCAUCCAAGUGUCCAAGUUAAGACCAGUUAAAGAUCUAAUUAAAAGAGGCAACUCCUAGUCAAGCUAAAAUCUAAAAACACCAAGUUGGUCAAGAAAUUUUUGUUAUAUUAGACUUUUAAGGCUCAUCAACUUAAGGAAGUUUGACUUGAGACAGUCUCAUAAGGUCUAAUGUUGGUCAAGACAAGUCCAAGUCGUGAUUUGGACUAGCAAAGUCAGCGAUCAAAAUUAACAAGUGAAAAAACAAAAAAUUCUUCAAACCUGUCAAGUCCAAUUCGUGAAGACAAGUCAGAGUCUAAUUAGACAAGUUUAAAGUUUCAGGGUUGUCAAGUGCCAAGUCAGUCCAAGUUAAGACAAGCCAAGUGUCUAAGUGAGAUCCAAAUUUUAGUUAACACGCUAGUCGGUCAAGAAAAAGUCCAAUCAGGUCUUUUUAAAGUCUUUGAUUUACAGUCAACAUAAUCCAAAUCCAAACGGGUCUCAGGUCAGUGGAGCCAUGUCAAAGCUGAGUAGUUUUAGAGUUCUAUUAGGCACUCGUCAUAGAUAAUUCUGAGUAUUUCCAAGUCUCGAGUUAGGAUAAGUCCAAGUCCACAGAGUCUUUAGAGACAAGCUGACGUCAGAGGUGAUUUUAGCUACCUCUCAAGUGAGUCAAAUCGAGUCAUUCUUGAGGUGUCUAGUCAAGUUAGAAAAGCCUCGGUCGAGUCACAUGGAAGUCAAGUCGUGUUUAGGUUAGAGAUGUCAAAUCUUACAUCAGAUGAACAAAGUGAAAAAAAAUACUCGUCAUAAAAUCAGGUUUAUAAAGUGGUCCAAGACAAGUCUCGAGUCAGUCCAAGUGGAGUUUGAGGAGUGUCAAAUCAGCAGCUUUUGUGGUGUGUUACUUAUAUAUCCAACAGCUAUACUCCCUGUGGUGAGAUAAUCUGAAAGAUAUCCACAUAAUGGUCCUUUCAGACUCGGAGAACAGCUCUUUUCUACCUGACUGUGCUUUUUUUUUCUCCUUCGUAUCCUUGUUUCUGGCUGUUUUAGACGCUCUUUUGUUUCCUUUGCUGCCUCACACACACACACACACACACACACACACACACUGUCUGCGGGGGGUUGAAUUGACUCUGGCCUGCAUAUGGGAUCGGAAGUCUGUAUAAGGGAAUUAGCGAAUAUCAUGGGAUACGCAGGAAUGUCUGGCCUGGGAUCAGACUGGAGAACAUAUUGUACAUGUUAGAUGAGUUUUUAAUGGCAGACCAGCAGAAGGGCAAACAAGUUUAGAGGAAGUUGUUUCCACAGGAUUUGGGUUGGCAAGGUAUCACUGACUGGGCCUGAGUUUUAUGGCGGCGCUGAUGGUCCAGGACACUUUAAAAUGAGGCUGCAAAUACGGCUGUCAGCUCCGUCACCUCUCCUCGGUAAAUCACCGCGUGUGGAAGAAAUGGAGAUGUAGCUUCGCAUCGGGGUUAAAGGAUGAGGUAGUUAAACGUGAUGAGGUAGCAAAAUGGAAAAAACUGGCCGGCUGUAAAAGAAGCUGACAGGGGAAAGGAUGAAAACCUUUAUUUAUGUAUGUUACACUUUCACCUCCAUAGACUGGAAACCGCAGAGUAUACUUAUAACAGAGCAGAGCCUCAGGGUUUACCUACAGAUACUGUAUUUAGACUGCAAAUAACUCCUCAAGUACAAGUCCAUCUAUGUAUCCAGUCUAGUCAGGACCUCCAGACCAAAAUACUGGUCUUAGAUGUGGUCGAGUUAAAGCUUUAUGAACUUCUUCGACAAGAGUAUGGUUGUUGUUACUGUCGCUCAUCCUCCACCCUCUCCUCUCUGCAGGCGCAGCGUUCCUCUCAUCAGGCCUCACUCCUGGCACCUGGCGAAGCUAACGGAGCCGCCUUUCCCUCCCCCUCCCCCUCCUCCGUCUCCUCCUCCGCCUUGCCUCCCCACCGCCGACUCCCCUCCCCUUCCCCCUCCUCCCCCUCUGUCUGCCAUGCAGCUCCACCCCGGACCCUACACACUACCGUGGCACACCAACGACAACAGGUGAGAGGGCGCCGACUAUUUCAUGGAAUUACACAUUUUAAAAGCAUGUGAUGACCAUGAAAAUGUAAAUUUCCAGUUACUGUAUUUUCUUGUGGUUCAAUUGAAUUCAAACAAUCAAAACUAUACAUAGAAACUCUGGACUAUAAACAACUGUCACAUAGUAUAGGGCUGGGCGAAAAAAACAAAAAUUUACAGGUAUCGAAAUUUACGAUAAACGUAAUUUUGCCCAUGUCAAUUUAUUCUGUGUCAAGAACAUAAAUAAAUAAAAGUUGGUUUUGGAUGUGUGUAGGUAGGCUAUGGUGUCAUGUCCCUUUAAGACGCUGUCCUACGUAAGGACAGGUGAGGAGACGGAGGACGGUUCAAAAGUUGUAGCAGCUGAAAUAGACGAAGUUAAUGUGUGGGGUGAGCAGCUUGUGGAGUAGUUAACGUCCAUUAAUCUAUAUCGAGGUGAACUGAUCAAUAUAUCGUGAUGUUGAUUUGAGGCCAUAUUGCCCAGCCCUAACAUAUCAUGUCCAAAUACCAUCCUCAGCUCUUUGUCAGAAGGUUUUCAGUCUUCAAAAAAUUGUCUAUUCCGCCCAGAUCAAAUACUUUCUCACUGUUUCUUAAAAUCGUAACAUAAAAACACUAAAGUGGUGAAAAUUACAAAGUUCACUAUAACAUAGGGCGGGGCGAUAUGGCCUCAUCAAUAUCACGAUAUAUUAUUUUUUUGAUACCAAAUAUAUCGACAUGGGCAAAAAGACAUCGGUUAUUGUCAUAAAUUUUGGUAUCGGUAAAUUUUCGGUUUAUCGCCCAGCCCUACUCUGGAGGAUAACGCCAUCCUCAGCUCUUUGUCAGCAGUUUUCAGUCUUAGAAAUAUUGUCCAUUCAACCCAAAUCAAAUAUUUUUUUACUCUUUUUUUAAAUGCAGAAUGUAAAAACUUUAUAAAAUGGUGAAAAUUUACUAUAACCUCUACAAGAAGAGAAUUUAACAAUGGGAAUUCUCCAUAUUAUUGCAAAACUAUCGACAAAAAUAGAAUUUCUGCUUUUAUUCGAUGAUUCAAACGUGCAGAAAAAACUUCCUAGCGUUUGAGAUGACAAAGACACUUCCUCUUUAGAGUGGAUUUAAACACAUCGACACUAUGUUGGUGUUUCCGACUGUAAGGCGUGAAUCACACACACUAAGCCCAUGACCUCAGAGGAUGUUGUCUAUUUAACAGGUCAGGGGAUUUUUUGGUCCCUCUGACUCCGCCCCCUCAAAAAAAAAAAAGCAGUCGCCAGGAAACAGGUGACAUCACCGUGUUCUAAAGUCAACACAGCCAACGCAGGAAGCCCAUUGGUCUAUUUUUAGGUUCUAUCUAAACAUUCCAAAGUGAUAGCCAAUCAGAUCUGCUCUUUGUCUGUCUGGGGAAAUAAAGGAAGACUCAAACCGUGUUAAAAGAGGCGAUAUUUUGCUUUCUCCUAUUUUACAAAUAAAUAUAAAGUUACGUUUUCACUCCACAAGGUCAAUAGAUCAUGUAAAAAAUAUCAAAAACAACUUAUUAAUUGUCAUUUCAAAUAAGGAAACGCAAGUUAACCUAUGACAGCGACCUUGUAGAAUAGCAACAAUGGAGGAGGGUUCUGAAAUGCUGAGUUCCAAAGUGCAGGGGUUGGGGUCUUAAAGAGACAGUAGCUGAAUUUAAGCGUAUGAGACAAGAGGCCAAAACACCUGAGAAGAACUUCUUUCACACGCCUAAAUGGUGUCAUCUUAAGAACUCUUGCGAUACGCAGUGGAAUGGAAUGAAGCCGGUAGAAAUUGACACGUUAACUUGAAUGGUUACGAUCAGCUACGAUUGGCGGAUUCGGCCUUUUCGUAGCCGUUCUGGAUGCGGUAGAAAUUGGGGGUUAAACUAGCAGCAGUUGAGAUUAAGAUAAAAACUUAUAAACAUGGAUAAAUCUUCUAUCAUUUUUGCCUUUGUACUGCAGUAUACUGAAAACAGAUCUCCCUUUUCCACCAGAAUAAGACUGAUGCAGUUAAACUUCAUUCCUGUCUUUCCCAAAAUAAAAUGAAGAACAUUAAAAAAUACCCCCAACAAAUCAAGUCGGAAUUCAAAUGCGAUCUAAUCUUGUCCAAACACGGCCUCUGAAAACAGCUCCUUUUUUAAGUCCGCUGGUUGCAUAACUAAUUGUUUGAGCUCUAAAUGUAAUCACGCAGGAUUUCAUACCGCAGAGGAACAAUUGGAAAAACACUGGAUUGUCCAGGCGGGUAUAAAAAAAGAUGUGCAGCUCCACGAGUCUUUGUACGGAGGUCUGAUCUCACGAAGUUAAUCUGAAACUCUUUGGAGGGAAAGAGGAAGUCACCAAAGUGGGUUUAUUGACUCACAAUAAAAAUAGUCCGUCUUUGUUUGUCAUCUCGCCGUACGUCAGCCUUCUGCUCUGUUCUCAUUUUGAUAAGGAUCAGUGAUAUAAUGUACCACUGUUAGAUGUAAUGCUCCCCUGUGGAUUAGAUAGCAGUGUGUGUGCGUGUGCGGGUCGCUUAUUCCCACAGUUUCUCCUGACUGAUCUCAUCACACACACGCACACGCAAGCACACACACCAUCUGAUGAGGAGGCAGCACCGGCAUAACUCUGGACAAUGGCAUGUGACUCCCAGAACAUGCGGACAAAGAGAGGAAGACGUUCAAUAAACGGUGUUUGUGUGAAGCAGGGGGACACUCUGUACAGUCUUUGUGUUUUUCUGGAUGUCCGAAAAACAAUAUAUAUAUAAAAAAAAUACAGUUUGUGAUUUAACCUGAUGGCGCAUUGAGAAUAAACUCUGUCGGAGUUUGUGUACGGAGCGUGUGCUCGCUGGUUUAUCUGUGUCAGCCCUCACACUCACAUGUUCCACAUUGCCGUCUGAUUGGGCAAGAGUGACUUUGAUUUCCUGUCCAGCUCCUGUCUCAUUUCCUCUCUUCCUCUCUCUGUCACCCAGGUCAAAUCUAUACAGCCGCCUCUCCUCUCUCAUUCAUCGCUCACUUCCUUCAAAAGCACUUUUCUCAUGCAGGCCUCCAAACCAUUUCCCAGCUAAUAUGAGGGUCUUUUUUGUGGUGCAUGAUCUUCUUGUUCGAGUCGUGAAAAAGCUGUUUUAGUGUUUUCAAAUUAUCAGAAACAUGCAGUGCAGGUCUGAGCUGUAGCUUGUUGUUGAAUAAUUUCUGAAGGAUAUGAAAACUCAAAUAUGGAAGAGGAUUUGGGCCUUAAAAAUCGGAGAGAAAUUAAGUCAGAAUUCUCAGUUCUCCAGUUUUUAUCAGAAGUGUAAGAUUUAAAUAGAAAUUAUGAAUUUUUUUGUAAUUCUGGGACUAAAAAAAGUCACAUUUCUUAAUGUUUUUCCCGGAAUCCAAGUUUGAAAUCAGAGCUCUGACUUUAAACUCAGAGUUACAAGACAAAAAGAGAUCUAAGAAUUCUUUGAUUUAACUCUGAAUUCUGAGAAAAAAAGAUCAAAGAAGAUAAAAAAAAAAAAUCAGAAUUCUAAGUUUGAAGACGGAAUUCUGAGAUUGAAGUUAAAGUUAUGACUUUGACAGAAUUCCGACUCUUACUUCCAGAAUUUGGAAUGAGGAAAAACUGGAAUUCAAUUUUUAUUUCUUUGAUUCUGAGCUUCAAUAAAAACAUUUGACUUUGCCCUUUUUCCCAGAAUUUUUAGAUUUUUUAAGAAUUCUGAGAAAAAAAUCAAAAUUCUAAGAUUUGAGUAAGUAUUCUGAGAUUAAAGUUGAAAUUAUGACUGUCAGAAUUCAGACUCUAAUCUCAGGAAUUUGUGAUUAUUGCUGUUUAAUUGAUAUCAAAAACUCUGGUAUCAUAUUCUGGUCAGAGUAAGUUGAGGUAAAAUUCACGAAGAAUAGAAAUCAUCUGUUUUUAGGUCUUUGUCCAGCUAGUAAACCAUAAAUCCUUUCGAAACAGCCUGAUGAACGUCUUGCCUUUCAUUGGUUUCAACCGCAUUCCUUCAGAAACUCUUUCUCACCCAUAACCUCUUUACAGUUUACUUUGCAGCGUUUUUAUUAUUCAAGUCAUUCCUCCAAUAGAAGAAGUACAAAUCUCUGUUAAACAAAGAGGAAAGUAAAUCCCACAUCAAGAAAAAAAUGUCUGCUUACAUUUUCAUAUCAGCCUUUGUGGAUUUGAGUUCAACCUAGCAAAGAAACCCUCGCAGACCAGCCUCUGUGAAAUGUUUUGUUCUAGCAGUGUUCCCUAAACGCUCAUAAUGCUGGAAACUGCUCCAUCAUACUGUUUUAUGUGGAUUUCUCAGUGAAAUUUGGGAAAUUCUUUGGGAUUCAGUGUUUUUGUUUCUUUGGAUGGUAAUAAGACAUCGAGGCACGAAAAGAAACGGAAAAAAGGAGGGUGAAGUCUGUAAGAGGUCAGAAAUGUGGUUGAAUGGCACACAAAUUAACAGAGAUGCAGGAUUUGGUCGGUUUAUCAGAUUAAUUUCACAUCAGUCUGUUGUUCCUUCCCAGACCUUAAAGUUUGAGUACUUUUUAGGGAGGCUUACUUUAUCUGAAUCAUGCCUCUGAGGAUAGUUGGUGCCAUGUGUUGUCCAGAUUGUAAAACCCUUUUUUUCCAAGUAUCAGUUAGCAUUGGCUAAACGGCGAGCAGGUUUGUCCUCCAAGAAAACCGUUUUAAUCAAUAUAAAGCUGACGAUCUACCAUCCAGGAGGAAGCCCAUUUGUUUUCAUUUGUGUCACAAACUCAAACACCAGAACUGUGUCCUGAAUGUUUUUUUUAAAAGAAGGGGGUCAUCCUUUCGCAGUGAACCCACUUUUGAUGUAAAGGAGAUGGGGCAGAGGAAGAAUCCACAUGGAGAAGAAAGGAAUGAAAAAGGAAGAGAGGAAUCAAGGGAUGACUUAGAGGUUUUGACUCCGGGCAGUGGGAGUUGAUGAGAAGGAAAUCCCUCUCCCCCUUAAGAGGCUUCCUCCAUGGGUCUUUAAAAACAUAUGGGGCUGCCGUGGAUCUUUGGCUCAGGACUGAUAGAAAACAGAUUCCCCAGCUGUACAGUUCAAACGUUUCAGUUCAGAACCGUACACGGUAUCUGUCCUGGGGGGACUUUGCAGCCUGCCACUUACAAACUCAAGAUGACUCCUUGUAUGAAAUCUCUAAUGUGUAAACCUUUUUACCGAUCAGGAGGUCAGAUUAUUCUGUUUGAAGAGACACGACAUAGUUCUUGUAGUUCUUCAGUGAAGCGUGGUUGUCUAAGGUUUCUAAAUCACUGACCUUGAUCUGUGUCUUCUUGUCUUUGCAGUGACUUGUCCUUGCAGUGGGGUCAGCUGUCCAGACCUUACUCCUCUACUGACCGAAGCAGUUCUUUGGGCUCCAUGGAAAGCUUGGACACACCAACGCCAACGACGCAGCCCUACUCCGACUCCCAAAACUCACCUGUAGAUCCUGCUCUUUUCAACAACAAGAGAGACUCUGCCUAUAGCUCGUUUUCUGCCAGCUCCAACACAUCCGACUACGCAACAGUGCCGCUGAGGCCCGGUGAAGCCUGCUCCAUGGAUAACCUCCUGCAGAGUCUGGGGCCGGCUUGUCGAGGCUACCCCGGCGGUGAUACCUCGACUCUUGGGAGUGCAACUGGCGAAAUCCCAGAUGAGGCCCAGCUUGUUGUACUGAAGUCAAGGUCCUUGACUAGACCGAGAGCAAGGCCUGUCGAGGUAAAAGAGAGGCCCUCCUCCUGCUGUUAUGAAAAGGAGCGGAGGGGGGAGGAUUUGGAAAUAAUAAGAAAUGGAGAUAUUGGACUGGAAAGGAAGAAGAACCCUCCUCAGCCUCCAACCAGGAAGGACAGUUUUAGGGCCACCAGGGGUCGCCCGAAUUCUGCCAACAAACGUUGCACUUCUGCUCCCAUUGAAAUUUCCACGGUUCCGUCUCACAAUAUGGAAAACAAAUCCUCUCUGAAUGUUGAAACAGGACUCCAUAAUGGCUUCUCAGCACCUGAAGAAGGUGAUAAAACUGGCAAUUCCACAGGGGAUACCUUGGACUUGCACUACAUCCAAAGACACACCAAAGACAUUACACAUACUGGGUGUGAAAAUGGUGCAAUUAAGGACUGUAAUUCAGACACAGUUUCAGAUCAUUUCCCAGCCCCCCUAGUCCCCUUGAACUCUUCUUGUCCUGGUUCCAUAUCAGCAGAACCCUCCGUUGACAUUCAAGAGAAAUGCCAUAUCAUGGAAACCCAGAACAAGCACUCCUCUAGAGGGCUGCACCGGCACAGCGCCCCUGAGAAGCUUCUUGCAACCCAGCUUCAGCUUUUGCAGUUUGACAGUGAGGACUCUUCAGUGGAGCCAUCAGAUGCCCCGGAUCGUUCUGUGUCCCCUUGUAGCAGCCAGUGGUCCCAUUCGUCACUCCAGCCCAUGAGGGAAGACAAAGAUCCUUCUCAAAACCAUUCCAGCGGCCAAAACAAAUGGGGGGGCAGCCGUUGCUCCACUCCAGGAUCGGUUUUCUUGGAGGCAGGGGAUGAUGGUCUGAAUUCAAAUGAGAGGUUAGAAGGUUUAGGUGUUAAUGGUGAGUCCUUACCCCCAGUUGAGCAUCACCAUCCAUGGGGUCGCUCUGUAAGUGUACCAGGAGACCCCACUGGAUCAUCGAUUCAGGGAAGGUCAAGCUCAGACCAAAUUCUUGAGAGGGAUUUUGAGCCUCUUAGUGCUGCUGCCAGUGUAGAUACACUACUGGAGGAGCAGAGAGUCAUGGACAGAGAAAAAAAUGGAGGUAAAAAAGUGGAAUAUAUGGAGGAAGAGUCCGAGAUGAGGAAGUCACACUCAUCUCGGAACCAUCGUCGAAACCGACGCCGAAGUGAACGUUUUGCUACAAACCUCCGCAACGAGAUCCAAAGAAAAAAGGCCCAGCUCCAGAGAAGCCGUGGUCCUGGAGGGUUGCUCUGUAGUGGGGAAACUGUCCAUGAGGAAGAGGGUUCUGAUCUUAAUGAAGAUAGGGCAGAACCGGAUCUGCCUGCCAAGCAAAGGACUACCAAAGUUGCAUUUGCUACACCUGUUAGUUCUCAAGACACAUGCAAAACAGAACCAGUGGAGAAACCAACUGAAUCCAACCCUGAUGUCUCAAAGAUUCAGCCCCAGUCAACAUCAUACCCUCAAAGUAACAGUUCAUCCAGGUCCAUCCAGAUUCUGGACCCAGGAGUCCCUAGUUUUGGUGUUGGAAUCCGAGUUGUUGAGGAACCAGCUCCUGCUGGCAAAGCCCGCCGCUGGCGUUGGACCCCAGAGCAUAAACUCCAACCAGAACCAGACAGACGGGGUGGAGCCUCGGGUGAGAGAGUCUUGGGGGUGACAGGGUCAAGGCAUGGGGUUUGUGCCUUUACCUCCUCAUCAGCUUCCACAUACAGUCGCUCGUCUUCCUGUUCUCGGAUGGAUGAGUCCGACAUCCUGCCAUUUGCAGAUAGAAUGAAGUUUUUUGAGGAGACGAGCAAAGGCAUAUCUGGUUCAAAUGCUUCCAAUCUGACGAGUCGCAAGCAGAACAGACCCCAGCAACAUCCAGAGCUUCAGGGAGGGGAACUCUGCCAGCACCAAAGCCAAAGGAGGUACUCCUACCAGGGUGGUCUCCAUCAGGAAAGUUCCCCGCUCUCAAGCUCUGUUGAAGCCCGGAGGUUGUCCGUUAGUACCAGCAGGGAGAAGCAGAGAGAGAAGGAGAGGGAACAAGCCCGAGAACGAGAGGAGAGGGCAAGGGAGAGAGAGGAGAGGUUGAGAGAGAGGGAGCGGCAGCAGGAGAAGGAGAGACAAGAGAGGGAAUUAGAAAUGGAGAGGGCUAGACUCAGGGAGAUUCAGCGGGAGAGGGAGCGCGAGGAGAGGCUGAGGCAGUGGGAGAAGGAAAGAGAGAGGGAGCUGGAGCUGGAGAGAGAAAGAGAGAUGGAGAGGGCCAGAGAGAUGGAGCGUCUCCAGAGGGAGAGGGAGAAAGAGCUCGAGAGAGAAAGAGAGAAAGAAAGGGAAAAUGAUGCUCAGCUCGCCGCACAUCAGGAGUUUUACGGCUUCCAGGAGAACAAUCAAGACUACCUUCACAGGGACAACUUCCACCACUACCAGCCCAAGCCUCAGGCCUUCUCCCACGGCCAAGCCCAGAACCAAGUGCGAUCGGCUUUUUAUCCUGUCAGCAGUUCCUCUCAGCCGAUGGAGUAUCAACAGCCUCUUCACCAGGGAUACACAGAGAGAAGCUACACUCCCACAGAGGUAAAAACGCUGCAUCCAUCUUUCUAUCUAUUCAUUUAACAUCUUGCGGCAUGGGGUUGAUUCCAGUUGCCAUUUCAGCGCAGAUCCAGUUAAGUUAUAAACCUGUUUGCAGUUCUAGCUGUAUCAUUUGAUUAGGCGUGUUUACAAGCCCGUUGGCCUCAAAAUCAGUUUUCAGCAACAGGCUUUGUAAGCUAAAUAACAGCCUUCGCCUCGGCAGCGUCGAAAGUCACGCCUUUCACAGGGAAAAACAUAAACUUUGCAGUUCGCUGGAAUCAGACUGAGGUUUUACUCCGAAGUGAAAUGACCGCUGAAGGCACGAAUGUUUCUUAGCUCUUCAAAACCAGCAUCAGAAAGGGAUCAGUGCUCUGUCCAAGCGCUCCGUGGUUGAACGGUUGGUUUAAAGUCGAACCUUGCGUCCAACAUGCGGGAGUCUGAGAUUCUUAUUGAAAACACAGCAGAUCUUUGAAAUAGCUCAUAAAACUGAGGGAGAUUGAGCAACAGCGGCAGAAACUUGUGUCAGCGAUAAUAGCAGCGUUGGGUUACAACUCCACCGCGAACUGAUUUGAGUUUUCUAGAAGGGGGUGCAGCACCUCGUCUGAACUUCACCCUGAUAUUAACCUCAUCAUUCGAGUCUGAUGAGAGCCAAACCGAGGUUUGUUUUGGAAUAAAUCUAUCAUCAGUUCAGCAUUAUUUUAGAUCAGGCUGACUUAAACUUCCUUUACGUUUGGAUCUUGAAGAAAUAAAACAUGAUUGGUUUGAUGCCAUGGCGAUAACCCCGUGAGAGAAAUACUUGCUGUAUAUCUGCCGCUGACGAUUUCCAGAGUCUUUAAUAGGAACAGAUGUGCUGGAUGGAUCAUCUACAGAGGCAGGAGAAUGAGGAGCAACACAUGUCAAAGAAUAAAUUUAAGAAACACAAACAUGAGGAAGAAGAUCGGCUGUUUUUAAAAAUUUGGAUCGACUUCAGUUGAAUAUUUCUCGGCCAAAUUUGACACUUGUUCUUUGUGAUCCACCCCAUUUAUGAACAGUAUAUCCAGUAGGGCUGCACGGUUAAUCAUUUUUCAAUCGUAAUCGGAUUAUUUGAUUAUGACGAUGUUAAAAAAAUAAAAUCGUCAAAUCGAUUUUCCUCUCUAUCGUGUCUUGCGCCUCCAGGCCAUCGUAGGCUCCCCCUACCUUCCUUCCACACACACCAGUGUAAACAAACAUGGCGUUUGCAAAAGAAGGCAAUAAUGUCGUGGCUAAAUAGGACAAGAGCAAGUCAGUCGUGAGGAAUUGGUUCGGCUUCACAGUUUCAGAUGAAGAGCAAACCACUCCCCGCUGAAAAGUCCGUUUGAAGGCAUUAUCGGAAAAAGGCGUUUUUGGUGACUUUAAACUGUACUUUUUGAAAAUGGGUCAGAGAGUGGAUAAAUCCGUAAACGAUGACCAUUUCAUCUCUGUGUGGACGCCUAUCUGCAUCUCUGAAAACAAAUCUGUGACACACAGCGUUUGGCGCCUGCGCAUGUCCGGCCAAAACAACCUAUAUCCACAUGCUCUGUACUCUUCUUCUGUCUUUUGUGCAUUUCCUGUGCAGCGUCACAGCGCCACUUACUGGCUUGGCAUAUGAACUACAUCAUUUUCAGUAAUUUUUUUUUGAGAAGAUAGAAAAUCUUUUAUUUUUGAAGUGUUGAAGUUUUCAGUGAAAAAAAUAAAAAAAAAAACGGAUUUUUUUUUUUUUUCUCAAAAUCUUUACUUUGCCGAGUUGGGUGCAGAAAAUGUUUUGACGUCAUUUUUGAUCACAUAUAAUGAUUGACAGGAGGAUAUAUUGAUUCAGUGGAUGUGUCCUGGAACAACGUGGAAAAUAUAGAUUUAGAUUUUUAAACUAGAUUUGAAAUGAAAACCGUCCAAACUUUUCUCAGCACCAUCCCAGUUGAAGUCCAUGUCAGGGGAAGGGCGACACCCAAAUUGCAGCCCUUCCUUCAUUUCGUCGGUGUUAAUAACAGCUCUAAAUCUCUUCCACAGACGUAUCCUGCCCGGCAACAGGAAACUGCCAAGCUCAAUCGGAAGUACAGCCUGACUGAGAGGUGAGCCUCUUCUUUUGGACACAACACAAACCUUCAUUUUUCACUCUCUGACAUUUUCAUUCUCAUAUUUUUAACGCCCACUCGCUCCGUUGUAGUUUGAUUGUAAGUGAAUCCACAGAGAUGUUAGGUGGGGUCAGCGGAAACCCCACUCAGUCAUGCCCGGCUGUGAUUUGACUGUAAUGAGCUCUAAGUGUGCGGGGUAAUCAUCCAUGCUUAAAUGGUGACCAUAAUGAUAUGUGGAUGGAUUGUGAUUUCUGUAUGUUUGGAUGUGGAGAAGGCUUCUCCUCGUAUUGAGACGGAAACAGAGUGAGUCUGGAAUGCGAAGAGGAACGUUGGCUGUAAUUUCACCUCUUUCUUCGUCUGUUUUUGUUCCGUUUCUUGAAUUCCUGGUGCAUUUUAUGUCAUACAACUCAUUUUCACAGGGACUACUCAAGCUGGAGACGAGAGUCCAGACCUUCGGAGAGCGUCGGUCAGUAUCAUCAGGCUCAACAGAGGGGUCAGUGGAGCUCCAGGCAGGCGGACCAGAAUGGGUUUGCUUUCCCUCCCCCACCUGCUCCUCUUUCGCUCCGAGGACGAGCCAUGUCUGAAAACGACCUCAGGUUCGACAGCAGCCACCGCUGGUCGCCGUCCAUUUCCGCCGCCGCCAGCCAGACGCUGGAAGAGGUGGAGGAAGGAGCCGGUGGCAUCGGGAGAGGAGACGCUGCCAACGCCGCCCAGCCGAACAGGAAGAAGACGCCGCCUCCCCCGAGACCACCGCCUCCGAAGUGGGAGCAGUUCCACCGCAGACGUGCGUCUCACCACACCCUGUUCUCCUCCGCUUCUUGUUCUUCUUCUGCUGCUGCUCCAAACUCCGCCCACUCCUCCUUCCCCGCUCCGUCGGAAAUGUCCCGACAGCGCUCCUACAGCCUCCCUCCAGAGAGACAGGAGGUGACGGAGAACUGCCCACGCUGCAACUGCAGCCAAACCCACCAGGACCACGCUUACCCCCACGCUCCGUCCAAUCAGAACCAGGUGGAGUUUCACGGGCAGCCUUUUACGGUAGCUCCGCCCAGUCCCAUGUUCUCCAGGCGGGGUUUCAGACCAGUGGCUCCGCCUCAAAGAGAGAGGGACCCGAGGAGCAUGUAUGCAGGACAGCUUGAAAGAGUGGAGAUGUUACCGACUCCGCCUCCUCCUCCACCGGCAGAGGAGAGUGUGAGCAGGUGAGCAAGACUCUGGAUUCCAAGAUUUCCAGCAAACAUAAACCUCCUGCUCUUUAUACAUGAUCUGUCAUGGUUUAUAAGUUCUUUGUAUUUUCUUUUUACAGUGUUCCCGAGACAAACAUCACCCACAGUCCGGACCACGACAGAGUCAUACCUUACAAACAACAGACUACCUUGAGACCAGGAGCCGAGUGGGAGAGGACCCCAUCUCCCAGAGUCCGCGCCGACUCAAAUCUUCCACCUGUCAUUGAAAACGGAGGUGACGGCGCCGUUUUACCUCCCGAGUCCUACUUCGCCAUCGACUACGAGCAGCAGCAGCAGCUCAAUAUGAGCAAUGACGACCGCCAGAAGCUUCCCGAACCAGGGACGGAAUCGGAAACGACCCUCAGUCCGAGUCCUGCUCACAGCCUGGACGCAGAGCUGGACAUCCCCAUGGAGACCGACAUCGACGAUUUCCAGGAGGAUGAGGGUCUACCGGCGGAGCACGAGCCGAUCACCAGCGAGCUGCCGUGCUUCGCUCUGCCCGUCACGGUCCUGGAGACGGAUAUCGACACUUUACAAGGGUCGGAGGACUCGCCGUCAGGGAGAGCGAGGGUGGAGAGUGGCUCUGUGGAAGAGGAGCCGGACGGCGGGGAGAGCAGCAGAGAGAGGCUGAGUCUGGAGGAGCUCUUCCCCCAGAGCAGUGAGGGCGAGUCGGGCACUGAGAGCUGGAGAGGAGCCUACCCGACCACGGAGCACAACACUGACAGCCUGGACAGGUAAAAGAGAGGUAGGAGUGUGUGUGUGUGUGUGUGUGUGUGUGUGUGUGUGUGUGUGUGUGUGUGUGUGUGCAUUAAUUACACAGACCAUUUGAUUUGUACAAGACCGACCUGUUCUUGUCACUAAGCUGAUUCCUCCUCCCUAUAACCUCGGACUGCAGCCAGACGUCUUUUUCUUUCCUUCUUAGCGUUUAGAAACAGUUUGUUUUACCUCGAACAGGUGCAUGAUGGGUAAUUGUUACCAUAUUAAGUCACACUAAAAGCUUUGAGGAGACUGUGUCUGAAAUAACCCCGGAUUGGCUGCGAUUUUUCCGUCUGCCAGUUCCUACCGGUUCCAUUUGUGAGGCAACUUUCGUGGUGGAUUAGGGACAGCGGGAAUGGCGAGAACUCACAAGAACCAGCGGAUUCACAUGCAAUCGUGCGAUAACGAGUUGUCUCUAUAAAGACAGACACAUAUAAGCAGUAAAUUGUGUCCUUUCAAGGAAGGAAAUCUACUUCUAGACUUAUAGAAUCAGCAUCUCCUCAUCCAUGGUGUCAUCGGGGUUAAAUGACUUCAGCUGCGGAAUCUGGCGGAAUGAAAAGAAGCCGGUGGAAAUUGACACAUUAACUUGAAUGGUCACGAUCAGCUACGAUCGGCGGAUAUGGCCUUUUCGUAGUCACGCUAAGAACUUAAACAAUACUGUAUCUGAAAUAACCCUGAAUUUCCACUGCAUCCAGAACGGUGGCAAUUUUCGCCAUCCACCAAUUCCUACCAUUAGGCAAAUUUCAUGGCGGAUUAGAGACAGCGGGAAUCACGAGAUCUUACAAGAACCCACAGAUAUACAUGCAAUGGCGCAAUAACGGCAUGCUCUGGCAUCCGGAAAAAUAGAACUCUUGCUAUCGGCUGCCGAUUCCUGCGAUCUGCAGCAGAACUGAAAGAAGCCGGUAGAAAUUGACACAUCAGCUUGAAUGGUUACUAUUGGCGGUGACGGCCUUUUCGUAGCCGUUCCGGAUGUGGUGGAAAUUAGGGGUAGAGUGUAGUGUUAGUUCAGGCAGGCCACAGAGUUCAUGUACCUUCUAAUCGCUGUCCUUUACGACCCUUUAUGUAAAUAAACAAACUCCCCUCUCUCCUCUGUUUCCUCCCCGUCAGGCGGUCCGGUGCGAGCUCCAGCUGCUCGUCUUACUACAGCACGUCUGCGGCCAAAGCUCAGCUGCUGUCCCAGAUGAAGGACUUCAUGGAUAACAGAGACAAGGACGAGGACGACGAGCUGACGUACAAGGUAACACACACAGCCACUGUAUUGUGUAUUUUCUUUAGCGUCAGAGUCCACGGAUAUUUACUUUAUUCUGUGUGUGGGUGCAGAAACAGCUGAUGGAGAGCCUCCGUAAGAAGCUGGGCGUGCUGAGAGAAGCUCAGAGGGGUCUGCAGGACGACAUCAGGGCCAACGCACAGCUGGGAGAGGAGGUGUGGACGAACUCAUCUCUUCUUCUUUUUCAUGAGAACCUUCCUACCUUCAGCUGUUUCACUCCUGCUGCCCCUCCGUCUGUGUCCUCAGGUGGAGAGCAUGGUGGUGGCCGUGUGCAAACCCAACGAGGUGGACAAGUUCCGCAUGUUCAUCGGCGACUUGGACAAGGUGGUGAGUCUGCUGCUGUCGCUUUCCGGGAGGCUGCUGAGGGUGGAGACCACGCUGGACACACUGGACCCCGAGGCCGAGCACCACGAGAGGGUGAGGAGGAUGUGUUUGAGCAGUCGAAAUGAGAGUUUCGAGGUGAAUCUGCACAGAGGAGGCAUUUAAACAGGCAGGACAAGAGACCGUAACCUGUUGUUUUUGACCCUGUAGCUCCCCCUGCUGGAGAAGAAGCGUCAGCUCAUGAGACAGCUGUCUGAAGCUCAGGACCUGAAGGACCACGUGGACCGCAGAGAGCAGGCCGUCAGCCGGGUGCUGGCCCGCUGCCUCUCUCCUGAGCAGCACAGAGACUACAGGUACAAAAAAAACACCUGAUCACACAUUAGGAAGAGUUUUACAUUUCAACAUUUGAAUGAUUUUUUAAAAUUAUGUUUUCUUUCCGUCUUUGCAGUCACUUUGUGAAGAUGAAGGCGGCCCUGCUGGUGGAGCAGAGGCAGCUGGAGGACAAGAUCCGGCUGGGAGAGGAGCAGCUGCGGGGGCUGAGGGAGAGUCUGGGGUUAGGGCUGGGGAUCGGGAUGGGAAUGUCGAUGGGAUACGGACAUUAUUGA